CCCACGUGCACGGUCUGGAUACAUAGAAUCCAGGCGCAGACACCCAGCUCUGCACUGAGGGGAUUACAAACUUGGCUGGGAGGAUAGCAGGGACUCACUGGCUGGGGAGGAGAACUUGGACCUAUACUGAUCCAGCCUUAGAAAGCUCUUCUUGCCUCCUGCUGUGACCCAUCCUUCCAUCCCAUGCCAUUCAGAAUCCAGCAGCCCUGACCUGCAUGGAGACACCACCAUGCCCUGUGCCCAGCACUGCCCCUCAUUGGGCGCAGAGCCUUCUUGAAGUAAGCGGCGCUGGUGGUGGCAAUCCCACCCACACGAUUGGCUGGCAUUGGGGCAAGUGCCUCUUGUCCCCUCCUGCAGGGGUGUGAGUUGGGGGGCCGUUUGAAGUAGCUGUGCAUGUGUAAAAGGAUGACCCUGAGUGAAUACUUGGUGCUAAUGGCACAAUCCUGUUUGGGUUUCUUGGAGUAGUGGCUUUAUAAUGGGAGCAUGAGACUUUCCUAUGGGAACACGAAGUGACAGGUGAAGAAUACCCCAAACGCCUCAUCCUCUGGACAUAUAAAGCACACACAGAGCUGUGAAUUCUGAGACUUUCCCCGGGUGUUACUGGACAGGGGCUGGAUCCUGUAUCAGGGGAUAUUCCCUCUCCCUCCCUCCAGAUGCCUGUAACUGUCUCCUUAUGUGCUCUACAUAACCAGUAGUGGAAAUGACAGCAAGUCCAGCUUACAUAGCCGUGGAGGUGAUCAUUGCUGUGCUGUCCAUCGUGGGGAACGUGUUAGUGUGUUGGGCAGUGGCCAUCAACAGCACUCUGAAGAAUGCAACCAACUACUUCUUGGUGUCGCUGGCUGUGGCUGAUAUAGCAGUGGGGCUCCUUGCCAUUCCUUUUGCAAUCACCAUCAGCAUCGGUUUCAAAACCGAUUUCCACAGCUGCCUGUUCUUUGCCUGCUUUGUGCUGGUGCUCACUCAGAGCUCUAUCUUCAGUCUCUUGGCUGUAGCCAUUGACAGAUACCUAGCCAUCAAGAUACCUCUCAGGUAAGGAGAUACUGUGCUGCACAUUUAAAUGUAUAUUCUGUCUGUGGGAAAAUAAGAUUCACUCCUGCUGGAGUGCAUUUGUUAUAUCUGGGUAUAUAACUUUCAAACUUGAAAUAAGUAACAUAUGGCGAUCUUGAUUAUCAUGAGGACUACAGUUCUAAUUAUCCCUAAAUCGGAUGAUAAGAGUUGUAGUCUGUGUUUUCUCAACCAUAGUAGACACAUUAGUAUCCUAUUUAGUUCCAUUCCAUGAACUCUUCUGCCUUGUCCUUCACCCUCAGCACUAAUUCCUGUUUGAUGUGACUGAUAGUAAUGCAAAAGUAGUAAAAGCGAACCAUAAAAUACACACAGACAGACACACACAGACACAGACAGACACACACACACACACACACACACACACACACACACACACUGUAUAUACACAGACCAGUGCAUUGUUAUAUUUGUAUAAACAAUCUUGAUAUAUUGGGCUUUGCAGUCAGUAGAAGGUCUGCAUAAAUACUUCAUGUUUUAUAAACAUUCAGGCAGACCUCUGCUGAGGACCUGCGGUAAUUUUACUCUGGGAUCUUUUACUACAUAGUCUGCUGUGUUAAAAAGGCUAAACUUGCAGAACUGGAAACAAAUACCUAAUAGACCUUAAUUAGACUUGGAUAUAUAUAUAUACACUUACUGUGAUAAUUGGCCUGCAUUUUGCAAGUUAGUUCACAACUCACUACAACCUGCUGUUUAGUGGAAACACCCCAAUAUAUUGUAAAGUUAUUAAAACGCAAUUGAAGGUGACACGUGGUUGCCAAACACAGUUGUCUAGCUAAUAGGAGAAUAUAAUAUAACAUUAGCCAAAUUCAGGACAUUGAUGGAGAUAUUGAAGUUGUACAGGCAUAGAAAAUGUGAAAGUACUCACACCCAUCACACUACCCAGAAUGGAAGUGUGAGUGGGAGUUUUUUUGUUUUUGUUUUUUUAAUUCGGUUUUGUUUUUAAUAUAUCUGAAUAAAAAGCUGCAUACUUGGUACAAUAUAACACAUUCUAAAAAAAAAUAAAGUAAAUACACCAAUUGGUUUGUCAUGAUGACCUUUACCAUCCGUUUACAACGGAUGAAUGAUCUGUUAUUGCACUCCAGAAAAUCUUUUUUUUUCAAUUAAUGGUAAGGAAACAUUUACUAUUACUAUGACAUAGUAGGCUUUCACAAUGUUCACAUUAAUCAAAUUCCAAGGAGAUUUCACUAUGUAAUAUAUUGAUGAAUAUGUAUAAUAACUAGAAUAAUCAAAAAUCACUGGCAUGGAAAAUGUAAUUUUAUGGCCUUAAGAACACAGCACCACUUGAUGAUUUAUGUUGGUGCCGGAUUUAUUACAUCCCAUUUCAGAGAUGUAUUUAAAUUUUUCAUAGCAGUGUAGCUACAUGUAUAUCAAUGCUUGACUGUCACUUUUUUAAUUUAAUUUUUUUAAGCCAUAUUCUUUUACAAACCAAUUUAAACCCAGGUGUUUUCAAGUCAUAGUAAUGUUACAUAUUUCCUGGGACGGUUAAUAUAUUUUUGUAAUUUAUCAAAUAAAAAAUCAACUCGUGGGUGACUCAUGAUUUAAGUAAACAAUAGUCUAUCAGACAUAGAGGUAAGGUUUUCUGGCAGGAGGGGUUAUUCAAUAAACCUCUCAAAGGACAGAGAAAUUUACUGUCAACUGACUGAUAAAUAAGCCUGGAAGGAUUCACAUAUUUGAAAAAUAUAGGUUUUCCAAAUGGACUUUAAUGCCCCAAAUAAAUGUUGGUUUUAGGAAUUCCUCAGUUGGACAAGAUUACCUUUUUGUUAGCACAAGUGGAUCUAUAAUAUACUACUAAGUGUUUUACCAAGAAACAUACAUUGUAAUUCUAUCACGUUUUCAAGUUUGUCCUUAUUGACCUCUGCUAUAUGAAAUGUUACAUUGCCCAUCCUGGAAUUAGCCCUGCAAACAUGAAGUCUGAACAUGUUCUACAGUCAAUUCAUCAAUCACUUGAGAUAUCUUACCGAAUCUGUCACCGCUCAUUGACUGACUGAUUCAUGUGCGCUUCUGUGAGUAAACCCUUGAAAUCUUUGCUACAGAGUAAGGAGAUCAUCUGUCUCCUUUAACUGGAGAUGCUUAUAAAUAAUACACCAUUCAAAGUACCUUUGAUACCGUGUUUCUCCGAAAAUAAGACCGGGUCUUAUAUUAAUUUUAGUCACAAAAAACACACUAGGGCUUAUUUUCAGGGUAGGGCUUAUUUAUUUACGUUACCAGUAUGUACAGCUCUUUCUCUUUGCACUCAUCUUGUUUGGGGAUCAAAAUACCAUACUGUCUAAUUAAUCCACCCCCCCUUUAAUAAAUCCACCCCCUCUAAUUAAUCCACCCCUUUUAAUUAAUCCACCCCCCUCUAAUUAAUCCAGCCCACCCUUUAAUUAAUUCACCACCCCUUUAAUUAAUUCACCCCCCUCUAAUUAAUCCAGCCCACCCUUUAAUUAAUUCACCACCCCUUUAAUUAAUUCACCCCCCUCUAAUUAAUCCAGCCCACCCUUUAAUUAAUUCACCACCCCUUUAAUUAAUUCACCCCCCUCUAAUUAAUCCAGUCCACCCUUUAAUUAAUUCACCACCCCUUUAAUUAAUUCACCCCCUCUAAUUAAUCCAGCCCACCCUUUAAUUAAUUCACCCCCCUUUAAUUAAUCCAGCCCACCCUUUAAUUAAUUCACCCCCUCUAAUUAACCAGCCCACCCUUUAAUUAAUUCACCCCCUUUAAGUAAUUCACCCCCUCUAAUUAAUCCAGCCCACCCUUUAAUUAAUUCACCCCCUCUAAUUAAUCCAGUCCACCCUUUAAUUAAUUCACCCCCCUUUAAUUAAUUCACCCCCCUCUAAUUAAUCCAGCCCACCCUUUAAUUAAUUCACCACCCCUUUAAUUAAUUCACCCCCUUUAAUGAAUUCACCCCCCUCUAAUUAAUCCAGCCCACCCUUUAAUUAAUUCACCACCCCUUUAAUUAAUUCACCCCCCUCUAAUUAAUCCAGUCCACCCUUUAAUUAAUUCACCACCCCUUUAAUUAAUUCACCCCCUCUAAUUAAUCCAGCCCACCCUUUAAUUAAUUCACCACCCCUUUAAUUAAUUCACCGCCCUCUAAUUAAUCCAGCCCACCCUUUAAUUAAUUCACCCCCCCUUUAAUUAAUUCACCCCCCGCCCCCUUUAAUUAAUUCAGUCCCAGACAUAAAAUAUCUACCGGUACUCACAUUUCAAAGAUUCCUUGUCGAGUCCGACCACUGGGUGCCUCACCGCCCGGAAAUGGAUCCUUCCGCUGAAGAUCCGUGAAGGCAGACUGACGGCGCUGCGAAAUGUCGUCAUCACGUUGCGCGAUGCCGCGUCCCGCAACGCUCCUCCUACAGUAGAAGAAGGAAGUCUCGCCGCAAAGGUGCAAUGCCUAGGUCUUAUUUUCGGGGUAGGGCUUAUAUUGCAGCCCACCCCGAAAAUCCGACUAGGGCUUAUUUUCGGGGUAGGGUUUAUUUUUGGGGAAACAGGGUAGUAAAUUAAAGCUGCAUAACCUUUUUUUAAAACACACCUGGUUAAUGUAGGCAGCAGAUUCCAAUUGAUUUGGAGCUUUUUCUUGAAAUCUAGGGUUUAAUUCAUUUAAGAGCGAUGAGAUGUAAAACCAGUUGAUUUGGAAAAAUUCUCCAACAAGGCCAAUUUUUGCAGCUUGCCUAUUUUGGCCUAUAUUCCUAAGUAUUUUUUUUUAAAUGUUAUUUACUACAAUAUGUUGUUUAGUGAAUGAACAUCUAACAAUUAAAGGGGUACUUUAAGCACCAUAACCAGUACACACCAUUAUGUAAUGCCUGCAGCCGAGUGCUCCUUUAAUGUAUGCAGUCAGGGUUAGAUAGUUCAUUUCUGUAUGGCCAGUAACUGGUUUAGUCUCAAAGAUCAUUUCAGUCAUUCUUUCAUUUCCUUGAUAGUAAAUUCUAUUUUAACAGUAGUUUUAGUCAUAUUUUGUCUAUCAAUGUGGCAUUCUGCUUGCAAUAAGCUUUGACUUGAUUAAUAGCAAGCUUUAUAUAUGUUACUUUUGUUUGUUUUUAGAAUUGCUGGUUACACACAGUAUGUUUAUUUGAAUGUGCUUCUUUAAGAUUUUUGCGAGUUUAAUAACUAAAAAUUAAAUACUGAAAAAAGAGACAAGUAAUGUAUAUUCUGCAUAGUACUAUUAUUAUUUUACAUCUUACUAUCUUCUCUACGAUUAAAUAGUGAGAAGUCAUGCAAAUAUGUCUGCCAGAUACACCAUAAUGUUCUGGAUUUUCAGGAUUGAGGCAGGGUACAAGUUUGUCCUUCUCCAUUCCUUACAUAGGGAUUGUUGACGGGGCCAUACAAAUUUGUAGUCCUGUGUUCCCUGUCAGUCUAACGCCUGGUCCCUAAGAAGCCACCUAGGGUCAAGUUAUGGCUAAUCCCGCUCACUUCGUCAUGUUCUUAUGCAGUAAAUGAAAAGUUCUAUCCUGUGAUACGUAUAAUUCAUAUGCUGCAGAAAAUAGUCAAUCAAGCAGGAUCCCAGAGUAAUUGACUUGAGUAGUUGUUGUAUCCUGCAGCACAUGAAUGCUACUUACUGUAGGUAAGCACUUUUUACGUGCUGUCCAUCAGCAUGAAGACACCGUAGGGGCCCAGGAAAACAUGAUUAAUCUGGCAACCCUAAGUGCAAAAGAAAACCUGAUGUCCAUUUGAAACCUGUUAUGUUUAGAAACAAUUGGAUGUGUGCAGAUUAUUAAACCAUCGCCAGGGUGUAAAAUAUCAUACCACUUAAUUGACUAAUCCCUGGCUGCUUGUGUCUGGAAGUCUUACAAAUCACAGGAUAAUUAAAUAUGUGUGGAUUUCUGAUUAAGAUGUAAUUUAUCGUAAUCUUCAGUAUAAAUGAUAGCAAUGUGUUUAAAGCGUUUCCUUUCAUAUCAAUUAAUGAGCAUCAAUACAAGGGAAAAUCUUGUUUCUUAGCUCAAUUGCCUAUGGGAUAAAGAAAAUGGAUCAAGCUCGAGAUUUGGCAAUUAAGAAAAUCUUAUUAGUUCGCACUGAAAACAUCCUUCUCGAUCGCCUGCAAUUAUAUGUUCUCGUUUUGCUAAAUCUAUGGGGUCUACUCACUAAAUAGCAGCUUGUAUUGAAACAUUUUUACAACAUUUUGACCAAAAUAGCAGACAAAAUAAAUUCUAUCCUUUCCCAUCCCCCUGUCCCUCCAAAAUUUUAGCCCAAAUUGUAUAAAUUAAAAAUAAGUUUGUGCAGGUAACAAUCUGUAUUUUCAAUGUAGAGAGUGACAUUUGGCCUGUAGCCCUUUGUCACUGAAAAUGACAAUCAACUUUGAGAUGCAGGUAUAUUUAUUGAGCAUGGAAUGCACCCAAAUUGUUGCUCAUUGAUGCUCUCCAAAAAACUAAGAUUCUACUUGUCACCUCCGCUGUGUUUUUGUAUAAUUGUUUUGCUUGUGUGUAGAAUUGGAGGUAAAAUAAUGUAAAUUAUAAAUAAAUGUAAGCUCAUUGAGCAUGGCCCUCCACCUCUUUGUUCCUGUACGUCCAGUUGUCUGGUUACAAUUAAAUGUCUGUUAGUCCACCUAUUGUACAGCGCUAUGGAAUCUGAUGGCUCUAUAUAAAUAAUAAAAUAAUAAUAAAUGUUUACACUUAGUAUAUAAUAUCACUGGCAGUAUUUUGAUUGACAGUUUUCCAUUUCUAUAAAUUCACAAUGCUUUAUUGUAACUUGUUUUGUAUUGAGAUCUAAAUGACAGCAGAAAGUUUGUGUUGGUUUGUUAAAAGAAGUUAGUGAAAGUAGAAUGCAGUGGGCAUUCUCGGGGGGGUGAAGCCCCUGAAGUCUGGAAGCCCAGCGGAGGUAAAUGUUUUUUAUUUGCAUCCACUGCUCUAUGCAUUACAGUAAACACUGUAAUAGCUUUUAUCAGAAUGAAGGCACAAGAAACUGUCUCUUUUCUGACAUUUUCCCCCAUGUGUGGGGUUGUUAGUGUUGUCGUUCAGCCCCCACCUUUGAACAGUUACGUUACAGAGUUUGACACAUUGUUGACUCUGUAGGACUUGGGUUUAACUUCAGUGAAUUAAGUAGAGCAGUCAGUGUUCUACAAAUAAUGAAUUUACUAGAAUCCGCUCAGAAACAAGUUCAAUCGGUCUACACUAUUUCUGCUCCAAGUUUUUACCAUCUACCCAGAAGCCCCUUCUACAGUGCAAGUGAUCAGACCAUUAAACCUUCACUCCCUGCAAGAGAAUUCUAGACAAUUGGAGCAGGCAAACAUAUUACUUUCCUGUAACAUUCACAGCAGCACACAUAGGGGAGGUAAUAUGAUGAAUGCACACAUCAAGUGAAAGACCUGCACAUAUACCCAUUGUAAAGCGCUACGGAAUUUGCUGGCGCUAUAUAAAUAAUAAAAUAAUAAUAAUAAUAUGCUAGUGCCCCACGGCUUAUGAAAAGGACUUCUGCACCGAGCCGAUCAAAACAACGUGUGAAUUCUAUAAUUAGUACAGCAGUUAUAUUUAUGGCUUUUUCAUGCAUGAAACUGCUACCAAGUGCUGGACUUCAUAUCCCCAAGUUUUGCUUGGCAGAUCACGUUAAAAUUGUGAACUCAAAGAAGACCUUCAGUGUUAUUCACUAAAGUGAGAAUUCAAAAGUGAAAUCACUGUGAAUUUUAUAGUUUAGGCCAAAGUAGCUGAGCUGAAAGCAUCUAUUUUUGCCUUAAAUUUGAAAUUCACUUUGAAUUCUCACUGCAUUCUCACAUUAGUGAAUAACCCUGUUUGAUAGAUAAGGCGGAGUGGGAAAUCUAAAAAUUAAGCAACCGAUAGUCAAGUGUGGGUGCUUUAUGCUUAUACACAUAUUCAUUUAUUUGAAAUACACUAGCAAAAUCAGCAGUUCCAAAUACCAUAAAUCAGGGGUGCCCAAAAGGUAGAUCUCCAGAUGUUGUAGAACUACACCUCCCAUGAUGCUUUGCAUGCCUUUAGAAUGACAAAGCAACAUGGAAAGUGUCGUUUUUACCACAUCUGGGGAUCUACCUUUUCGGGCACCCCUGUUCUAAAGCAUUCUAAAGGCAUAUAAAGCACCAUGGGAGUUGUAGUUUUAAAGCAUCUGCGGUCUACCUUUUGGGCACCCCUGCCAUAAAUAAUAAAUACAUAGUGGCAUCUUAUACUGAUAAAGUUAUUAACCGCCAUGGAGAGACUUGUUUUGAAUAAUUUUGGCGUGGUAAGUGCACAGGCAGUUGCAGUCACAAGUCUUCAUUUUAUACCUGCCUGUACUGUCAUUUCUGACGCAGUUCAGUUAAUUUAAACACACUAUCAGUGGUUUGCCUGAUUUGAAUUAGUAAUGCUCCAAAAAGGAUGUAUGUUAUAUAGCACAACAUUAUUAGUUUAACACUCAACACCCAUGUGUACGGGUAAAGACUUUAUCUUUAUAAGUUAACGUUAGCAGUUUGACCUUCUUGUGAUGUUUAAAAGUUGAUAUUUGUUUAUACAUGUGUGGCACCAAAUAUGUUCAAGUGAAAUAAUUUGCAUAUUUGAUAUAUAUAUAUAUAUAUAUAUAUAUAUAUAUACACAUAUAUAAAAAGGACAGCCCAGCCUGACGUCGUCUACCGUCUUCUUUAAGGCCUACUUUUAAAACGAAAACAGCUGUAACCAUUGAAUUUAACACAUUUGGGCUUUUUAUUUUAUAUGGGAAGCUUUCUUCAGAUGUAAAACCUCACAGUAAAUCCAAGGCUUCCAUUGUAGUUCAACAGUGUCUGAAUUUUCGUUUUAUAAAAGAAACAGUGACAUCUAUUAGCUUCAUAAAGAGUUCCAUUCUUGUUUUUACAUGAAUGGAGCUAGAAGAGGCUCUCUCGUAGACAUCUAUGUGGGAGUCUGUCUGAAAUAGUUUGAGAUUAGUAAGGUGUGCACACUCAUAGUUACAUAGCUGAAAAGAGACUUGCGUCCAUCAAGUUCAGCCUACCUCACAUUUGUUUUUUGCUGUUGAUCCAAAAGAAGGCAAAAAAAACCCAGUUUGAAGCACAAUUUUGCAACAAGUUAGGAAAAAAAUUCCUUCUUGAUCCCAGAAUGGCAGUCAGAUUUAUCCUUGGAUCAAGCAGUUAUUAGCCUACAUUGAAAGAUUAUAUCCUUGAAUAAUCUGUUAAGUAGGCAUCUAGUAGCCGUUUGAACAUCUGUAUGGACUCUGAUAAAACCACUUCUUCAGGCAGAGAAUUCCACAUCCUGAUUGUUCUUACAGUAAAAAAACCUUUCCUUUGCCUUAGACAAAAUCUUCUUUCUUCCAGUCUAAACGCAUGGCCUCGUGUCCUAUGUAAAGUCCGGUUUGUGAAUAGAUUAGAUUCACUCCAUACAAGCUCUAGCAUAGCUAGCCACCCUCAGACAAUACAUAGUGUGGUUUUUGAACUUAUAUCUGUAAUGAUUUUUGGAAAUUGCACUAGUUAUAUGUAACAGUGCUCAUGAAGACAGGACCUGUCACUACUUACAUCAUAACUUAUGCAAGGAGCACAAAGUGUCAUGUGAAUUAUUUUGCUGAUUUCUUAAUAUGCUUUGACUCUAUUGCUUUAACAGUUUCUUUGUUUCUGCUGGCAAAUCAACCAAGAAAUAAUUUUGUUCUUUAUAUACAGUGAACUCUAUUCAAAAGUGGUGAACAUGCUGCAUGCAAAGGCAACAGGACAUAGUUACCAGGCUACAUAUACAUUACUAUUAUAGUGAUGAAAGGGAAUGUUGGAUUAGACUCCUGAGAUUUCUAUGACAACCUUCAUUGUUACAAAUGCAAGUGGAGAGUGGUUAUUUGUCUUUCUGGCAUAUUACACUCCAUCAAUAAUAUCACAGUGUUGUACAAUGUUCACAAACAUCCAUGAUGAAAGAGUUUCCAUGCCGUUGGUAGAAUUAAAAUUUGUGCCCAUACAUUUUUCUCUCCUGGAUUACAUCGGUGGGCAGGCAUGCUGAACUGAUCUCAUAUGAAGAAUUUGAGCGUCUAAGACAGGACUAGGCAACUUUUGCACUCCAAAUUUUGUGAACUAUAUCUUGCCAGAAACUUUGCCAGCUUUGUGGCUGUUAGAGCGUUAUGGGAAGUGUAGUCCACAACAAUGGGAGUGCCGAAGGUUGCCUACCCCUGAUCGAGGAGCAGAUAUUUAUAAUUAGUUAUUCAACAAAUGACCACCGGAGGCAUUUUAAACCAAAUUAAUCCAUAUUUUGAUUCAAUUCUAAAAUGUUACGGUUAGUUUUUAUAACAUGGUAUAACUGCAUCCCUAUGAACACAGUGACAAUACAGUGUCCCUAAAAAAAUGGCAGCUUUUUAAUUGUAUACGCGAGUAUUUUAGGCAAAAUUACUAACCUGGCUGAAUCGUUUUUAAUGCCUUUUGUGAGUUUACGGUUCCAUCCCAUCUGAUGAUUAGGGUUUACUCAUUAAAUAAAAAAUUGUGGAAUUGGCAAGAGUAUUGCAAGUAUUAAGCCAAAAUGGAUGAACUGGAACAAUUCUCUUUUUGUAAAUUAAUAUUAAUAUUUAUAAAGUGCCAACAAAUUCCAAAGCGCUGUACAAUGGGUGGACUAAAAGACACGUAUUUAUAACCAGACAAGUUUUUUUUUUUUUUGGGAAACCAAAUAAAAGAUAAAAGUGUAAAAUUGGCAGACGGACAACAGAAAUUUACAGGACACACAAGUCCCUGCAGCAGAGCAUGGCAAUUGGUCUCACAGGACCACAUAAAAAAACAACGUUCCAUAACAAAGAUGAAAUGUACAGUAUUUGAAAAAAGUGUGCGUGGCGAAAGAGUCACCAUACAAUAUCAUUUAGUAUAAUCGGAUAAGAUAUGGAAAACCCACUGUAAGUGUAACCUGGAGAGCAACUGUCUCUAGUCUAGUACCCAGUAAGUAUUAGGUAAACUCAAUAGAAGAGUGCAGGAAAUGAGUGAAGCGAACCCAAUGAAUAGUCACAAUAAAACAGUGAGAUUCACAAACCCCAAGUCUCAUUUGCAAUCAGAACCUCAUGUGGCUCCCACCGUAAACUCCACGUCUUUAUUAACCAGUAAACACAAGUGGCAAAGGAAGUUCAACACCAUAUCAUUCCUUGUCCUCUGAACUUUUCACAUCAUAGUAUACCUGCCAGUGUGUGAGACAUAAUUGGGUUCCCUUAGGUGCCCAAUGUCCAUAUCCAUCCAUCAGAUCCAGCUCCAUGGUAUUGUAGGAGUGAGAUAGGUCAGGCGGUCCAUAAGCAUGCGUGGAUGGGGGGAGUAUUGUGAAUGGUAUUGUGUUGUUGCCACUUUAAAAAGUACAGUCCCCUACUGGUCAUGUGGUUGUUGUCAAGAAGGCGUGUUCCCCUGUAGGGUAGAACUGGAACAAGCAAUUUUUUCCACAUCAGCUCUCGACAAUUUCCAUUGUAGUGAGCAAACUCCAAUAGAGUUGUAGGUUGGUUUUUUGUUUGUUUUUUUCCAGCUAUUAGAGGCCUAACAUUUGCAAUACUUUUGUUAGUUCUCCAGAAUUUCUACUUUCAUGAAUAAACACAUCAUUGUAUUGGACUUAGCUGAUCAGUGUGCAUUGAUAUUGUAUGGGUCCUGUGUGCAUUGAUAUUGUAUAGGUCCUGUGUGCACUGAGCUUGUCUGAAUCUUGUAAAACACUUAAAGGGAUUCUCCAGUGCCAGAAAAACUAGCCCGUCCUUCUGGCACUAGAGUACCCCCCCUUCAGCCACUUACCUGAAUCUAGUGCCGAUGUCCCUCGGCACUGGGUCAGGCUCCGCCCACACAGUUGAUGUCAGCGGGGGAGACCUAAUGCGCAUGCGCGGUAAUGGCUGCGCGCACGCCUUAGACCUCCCCAUAGGAAAGCAUUAUUUAAUGCUUUCCUAUAGGGAUUCCAGACAGGGAGGAAUUAAUCCUGCAAUGUAAUUGUUGCCGUUUAUAAAAACUGCAAUAACUAAACUUGCAGGAUUAAGGGUGAUGGGAGCUGGCACCCAGACCACAAUGGGCUGAAGUAGUCUGGGUGCCUACAGUGUCCCUUUAACUGGAGGAGGGACCUUUUCUGUGUCUGUGUUUAAACUAGAGUUGCCAAGUCCAACAUGUUUCCUUCAAAACAUAUCACUUACUGAUAGCCAGUGCUUGAAAGUGGUGUUGUGUAAUAUGUCUAAUUCAAAGGUUGCAUGUGAGUAACGAUGUCCGUAGUCACAGAGAAACCAUGCAGUAUAUACAGUCUCAUACAUACCAGAUGUCCCUAUUUAUGAGGAACAGUCCCCAUAUGGGUCCCUCUUUUCUAUCCUAUCCUUUCUAUCCCACUGGAGCUCUAUAUUGUAGGUGUGUCUGAGUGUAUAACAGAGCUCCACAGCAAUGAUUCUCACAGUAAUGUGUCUUUAAACUACAAUAAAUGUGUUUUCAUUUAAAAUCAGUCUAUGUUAAUGAGGAACCUUAUUCUUGUUCUAAAUUACAUUUUAUUGCCAUAAAUUAUUAGUAAAGUACCUAAAAUUUCUCAGAACAGCCCCACCCCUGGCGACACCCCACUCACACCCCAAAAAUUAAUCAUACGAUUUUAACUUGGUCCUGGGCAAACCUUUGUCUGCGUCCCGUCACCACCAAACUUGUGGCAGAGUAUUAAUUUUAAAGUUACACUAUGUCACCAAAAUUUAUAUAAUUUACUCUUCCAAGCAAACAGUGAGAUUAUUGACAUUUGUUUUAAUAACAUCACAUGGUUGCAAGAGUUUUACUAGUAAAUGAAUGCCAUUGGGAUGUUCAACUGUUUGCUGGCUGUCCCGAGUUUCCCUCAGGGGAUCUACUUGGCACAUGUUUUGUGAAAUGCCGCAGGAAGCUCCCUGCUGAGUACUGACUUGGCCCAAUCUGAUCAUAUUGGUUUUAUUUAUCCUUUUUUUUAAGAGCAGAGAAGAAUCUGGGUGCCUGGAAUCUGGACUCGCCUUUCUUUACUGAAGGGAGCAAGAAAUGUGUUUAAAUCCAGUCUCACAAUUCCAACUAAUAACAACAAAAUUGUUCAAUCUAUUAUAUAUUCCUUAUGUUUGUCCAUUUGUGUUGACACUUAAAACAUUAACCCCUUAAGGACACAUGACAGAAACAUUCCGUCAUGAUUCCCUUUUAUUUCUGAAGUUGUGUACUUAAGGGGUUAAGUGUGUAUUGUACAAUUUUGGAUGCAUAAAAACAUUGAUUUAGCACACACAACAUUUAUAAUGUUUGAUCUGUUUGGAUUACAUUUCAGUUAGCAUAAAAAUAUCAUCAUUCUAUAUUUAUUAUGUUUCAUUGCAAAUUUCUGGAAUUUAGUAUACAGCAUGCACCAUAAUGAUAGCAAAAUAUUGUCAUUCAUUAUUCAGCGAUCUCUUGCUAAAGAAACAAAUAAUGUAAUUUCACUUAAUAAAUAUCUGUAAAACUUGCUGUACAUCAUUCAUUCGGAGCCAUUGAACUUUUAAACACAAAAAAACACAGAACUAGGCUAUAUGCUGUGAACGGAAUGGGAAUUACUGGAGGUAAGAGUGAUGUGUGUAUAUAAAUCCUUCAUGACACCACUUUAUAUUUUUUUUAAUUCGGUGUUUGGAAACAUUAAAAAUCACUUUAGCUGCUGAAGAACAUGUUACUCAUCAAAGAUGAAGUUAAGCACUUCUUCACUACUAUAAAACCAAAAAAACAUGAAUUCUAAAAUUCCAUUUUAUGUUACAGAGGUAGACUGUUAGUACGAUUGAUUAUGGGCGCUUGCCAAAACCGACCAUAUGUUGUCUUUACCCCAUAUCCAAAUCUCAUCUUUACAUGCCCACUGCCCAGUUGUUUGAGCUAUCAGGUGCAUUGAUAUAUUCAACCUGUAUUUAAAUGUAUUUAUUAUUGAGAGUGCCUGUGAAAGGUUAUCCCUCAUCCAUAAAAAGAACAGAAUAGUUGAAUAACAGACUCACAGAUACUUGCCCUCUAUAAAGGUUAUUGAAUAGAUAAAUUAUUAAACAAAUUACAAAUAAAGUUAUUUUAUAUUCUGUUCACAAAUUAGCUGCAUUGAUGUACUAUGCACAGAGUGUCUACACAGAGACUUUGUAUGGCCAGCAUGAAGCUGAAGUCAUUUAAAAAAAAAAAAAAAAAUUCUUCCAAUAUAUGCAAAUAUUUACAUUUACUAAAACAGCAGGCAAAAAUUGACUGGUAGUGUAAAAUGUGAUUCUAUCUUGAUAUUUAUUAUGGUUUCUUUCUGAGCCUUGAAGACACCGUCUUUUAUAGAUUGCACAACAUAAUUUUAUAACUGUGAGAUUGUGCCGAUACCAACAUGCUAUGUAUUGCAUGGAAAUCUCUCUACCUUGUGGGCUAUACUGUACUCCCCCUUACACCGUGUUGCCUAAUUGAGAAUCGUUUUCUGUGGAACUCAAAAGAUUAAUCAGGAUAAGUAUACAACACAUCUAAGCAGUGGUGUAUUCUAGUUUUGUGCUGCCCCCCCCCCCUUCUAAGUUUUCAUUCCUGUUAAAAACCAACAUGCUCUUUGCCUAACAGACACACAACUUCACUGAUGCAUACACUGACAUACACUCACUGACAGAUACACAAUCAUUGUCACACACACUGUUUAACCAACAUACACACUCACUGACAAACACACAUUAACUGACACACGCAUUCACUGACAGAUACACACUGACAGAUACACAUACACACUCACUCAGGGGUCAAGUCCUGGGGAAUAAAGUGUGGGAACUCACCCAAGAUCCACCACCCCAAAAAAUAAUAUACACUCGUAUGCAUAUAUAAACGCGUGCACUCAGACACACAUAUACACACACUCACAGACACACACAUACACUCAUACACACACACACACACAGACACACACAUACUCUCAUACACACACACACACAGACACACACACACACAGAUACACUCAUACACACAGACACACACAUAUACAUUCACAGAAACACACACACACACACACAGAUACACUCAGACACACACUCACAGACACACACACACACAAUUCUGCACUUACAUUUACAUAUACUGACACUAUACAAAUAUUAUACAAGACUACAAAAUUCCUACAGUGCUCAACAAGCUUACAAUUUAGAGGAUAAGAAUUGAAAUCUUGAUAAAAUUCUGUCUAUAGAAUCUAUAUUUUCCAUAUACUUAACUUAUACUUAUAAUGUCCAUGUACUUGCUAAACUGUAGGCCAUCAUAUAGAUUUUGUAAUUUCAUUUGUAACACACAAAUUAUUUUUAUUUUUUAAAUUUAAAAAUGUCCACCCAGCCUCCCUACCUAGAGAGCUUCAGUGCGGUGGGCAGCUGUCUCCCUGUCAGACGCGGCGAGGGAGCUGUGUUCUACCAGCUCUGCUCCCUCUCGCCGCGCGGGCCUUCUACUGAUGCUGGGAGCCGGAGUAUGAUGUCAUAUUCUGGCUCCCGGCAUCAGCAAACAGCGAGCAAGUGAGCAGAGCAGAGAGAACACAGCUCCUUCGCCGUCUGUGACAGGGAGACAGGCGUCCGCCAGGGGGGCCCAUCAGGUGGCCCCCCCCGUGACAGGGAGAACACGGUGGGGCAUUUGGGGGCAGCAUUUUUUGCUGCUCCCUGAGUGCCCGCAGGAACAAUGGGAACUGCGUGCCAGCUGUGAAAAAAGUGCAGGAACGCCAUUCCCACACGUUCCUGCGGGACUCGAGCCCUGCACUCACUGACAAGACACAUAUACAAAUUUACUGACAGACGCAUACUCACUAACUUACUGACAGACACACACUCACUGACAGACACAUAUAUACUUAGUGUCAGAGACACACAUUUGCUAACAGACCUACACAUUGACUGACAGAUACACACUCUCAGUGACAAACAAUCUUUGACAGACACACACACUCUCACUAACAGACAUACUAACACUCACCAACAGACACACACACUAACACACUCACCAACAGGCACUCACAGACACACACUCUCACUAACAGACACAUACACUCUCACUAUUAGAUACAAAUUAACAGACACACACUAACACACUCACAAUUAUUAUUUUUUUUUCUUUAUUAUUUGCUUACAUUUUGGGGACUUCUUCCCUGGGGUCUAGUGGGGCUGCAGCUGGCUGGGCUGGCAGGCACGCAGGUGGGCAGGCUCAUAGUGGAGGCGGCGAGAGAGCAGUGAUCCUCCUGUUCUGCUUCCUCGUGCGCUUCUUAACGAUGCCGGAGCCGGAGUGACAUCAUAUUCCAGCUCCGGCAUCACUGCAGUGCACGCAAGGGAGCUGGACAGGAGGAUCACUGCUCCUUUGCCGCCCGCCUCCCACAUCAGCCAAUGCAAGCCUCGGGGGGGGGGGCCCAGAGGUGGCCACCCGGUCAGCUCCUGCGCCCCCCAAGACAUUUGCCAGGGCGUUUGGAGUCUGCUUUUUUUGCCGCUCCUCUGAAAGUGCCGCCCAAGGCAAAUGCCUUGUCAGCCUCGCAGUAAAUACACCGCUGCAUCUAAGGCAAAUAUAGAUCUUUUAAAAUGUCACCACAGCUUUAUUUAUUUAUUUUUUAUCUUAAAAAUAUCUGAUGGAACAAUAUCUCCAUCUGUCUUGGUGAUGCUUUGCUACCUCUGGAAGAAGGAUUAUAUGGAAUAGAGACAUUUGUCUGAGACUUUAUUAAUUUCCUCUCUUAUUUAGAUAGAUCAGUUUAUUAUUGGCAGAUCAGAAUGUCAAAGUGACCAAUUGCUAGAUGGUAACAUCAGGAUGCCAACUGCUUUUAGAAGAUUCAAGAUAUUUUGAUUUUGCGGUCCUUUUUUUAUAUUAUAUUGUAUGAGAAUGAAAUAUGGGAUGUCAGUAGACACCUUUUGAUGCACAUAGUUUAUCUUAUAAACUCAAAAAUAUAUAGUUCUUUACUAUUAAACCUAAAUCUAAAAUAGCCAAGAAGAAAGUCUCCAACUCAGCUCUGUGUUUCUAAUUACUUUAUUAUGGGCAAAAUUCUAAAAGUAUAUUUUUAUUUGUAACUCCAUAGGUCUUUCAUCGUUUGUAUACAGAUCUAAAUAUUAGUGAUUAUAUUAUUUUCUUGUCUUAACAAACCACAGUAAUGCUUUUAAAUCACAUACUAGUCCUUCUAUAUGUGUGCACUGAUAUUUAUAAUUUAUGGAGUCGAUCAGAAACCUUAAUACUUAAUUUUAAGUCUGUAUGAAGUACAGAAGUGAGUGAUCUGGUACGUCAUGUUCUUGCUACCAAAAAAUGGUUCAUAACAGUGAGGAAGGAUGUGUAGUGUAAGCACUGUGAGUUGUUACAUGUGUCAGUUAUUUUGUGCUUACACAAUGGUUUGGGAUCAGAUGUACAAACUUUCAUUCUUAGUUGUCCCUCACGCUUUACAUAAUACAAACCCUUUAAUCUCCUGUCCUAAAUACACCAUUCAUUGGGAUUUGUACUGACUAGGCCUUUUUAAUGCAGGGCUUCAAUUAAAUGAUCUCAUUGGAACUCAAAUCGAGUCGAUAUUUAAGAAAAAUAUGAAACUAUGAUAGAAUAGCAAGAAAAAACGUUAACAUGGAGUCUCAAGUAUCAUCAAACGAGUGCGGAACUAAAAGGGUCCACUGAAGAAAACAGUUGCUGUCCAUCCUGAGAUGCCUAAACAGAAGUAGAGGAGAUUAUGCUAAUAUGAGAGCAGUCGUUUAAAUGUAUGACUUGAUUAUUGUGCACCAUAAGAGAUAAAAUUCCAAAGCAACAAGUUUGGUUGGACACCUACUAUACUUACCAGCAGUGGUGUAUUCUGGUUUUGUGCUGCACACACUCGCCAACAGACACACACAGACACACACACACUCUCACCAACAGACACACACGAACACACUCACUAACAGACAUACACACUCUCACUGACACACAUUCUUUGACAGACAUACAUGCACACACACUCUUUGACAGACAUACAUACACACACACUCUUUGACAGACACACACACUCUCACUAAUAGACACACAAACACACUCACCAGCAGACAUACACACUAACACACUCACAUUUCAUUUCAAUCCACCCAGCUUCCAUACCUUCGCUGGAGUUCUGAAAUGGAUUCUCCAUUUCCCUGUGGUCCAGUGGGGCUGGCAGCAGCGCAGCGGGCUGGCGCUGAGUGGUGGUAGGCAGCGUGGGAGUUCUGAUCUGCUCAGCUUCCUUGCGCGCCUCUCAGUGAUGCCCGCAUGCCCAUCAUAUUCCGGCAUCACUGCAGUGCGCGCAUGGGAGCCGAGCAGGGAGAGAUCAGGGGACAGCCUCCCACAUCAGGUAAUGCCAGCCUCUGGGGGGCCUAAGAUUAUGAUGAUGUCAGUCAAGAAGGCAGAUCAAGAGCAAAGACAGCACCGGCAGACUGGAGUAGAGGUAAGAUUUUACUAUAUUUAGGUGGAUAAGGGUGUGCAGGGGGGCUAGAUUGUGUUUUUUUACACUAUAGGAUCAGGAAUACAUGUGUGUGCUCCUGACACUAUAGUGUUCCUACAACCCUGAACCCUGGCAGUGUUGGCCUAAAUGGUGUCUAGGGCUCUAUAACAUUAGGAAUACAGUUUUGUAUUCCUAGCACUGUAGUGUUCCUUUUAACAAUAAACAUACAUAAAUACUGUAUUACCAGCAAACUAUAAAAGCUUGCAUGUUCCAGUUUGUAAGAGUUAGUUUAAUGCUGUUCCUUGGGAAGGAAAUGAGGCUGUGAUUGUACCAUGCGUACUCCGUCAGGCUGAUUACACUGUAAAUGGACAGCUUAAUUGGUAGUUAAUGUAACAAAGUGAGCAUUUGCACUUUAAAUCGCACAACUCAUACAGAUUCCCCUAACUUCAAAAUAAAAUAUAUGUCGUCUUGAUUACUGUGUAUAAUAAGCACAUUCAGUUGUUACAGUGAGGAAACACCUUUUUUAACUCUUUAAGUACCAAAGAGCCAUUGCUUACUUACAAUGUGGAUUUAAAUUUAAAUUUACUAAGAGGCUCAAUACCUAUGUUCAUUUGCAUAAUGUGCUUUAAGAUGAUAUAACAUCAACAAAUAUGUGAUUCAUUAUCAGCGAAGUGAGUUAUUCACUAAAGUGAGAAUUGUAGUUAAUUCAAAUUUACGGUUCAAACGGGCCAAACUGGAUAAAUUCUGCACAUUUGCUCUGUUUCCAGUUUAGCGAUCAGGGCUUUAGAUUGGAAUUCACCUUGAAGUUCCCAACAAUUCUCUUCUUAGUAACUAACUAUAUCAGUUUUCCAAUGCAGAUCUGUCUAGUUACAGAGUAUUUUUCUUGCACCAAACAGACAGCAGAUGAUUAGACUACAGCUCCCACAGCGCUCUCCAACUCCAUAAUUGAGAGAGAAUGUAUGAAUCCCUUAUACCUACUUACAUUAUAAGUGCCUAAUGUAUGCAGGUACUUGUGGUUCUUAAGUGGUAACAAGAGUAGGAGAAGAGUCCAUUCAUUGGAGGCUAAACAUUUGGAACUGUUCUGUUGAAAGUAGUGUAACCACCUCAUUGUUGAUGGAGAGAUAGGGAAAUGGAGCUAGGGGAGGAAGAGGGAGAUGCUAACUGUAAUGUCAUCAGGGCCUUCAGGGCAUCACAGUCUCUAUCAGGAAGGUACAGCCCAUAAAAUAUUAAGUGGACCAGUUAUGCUUUGGGGUCCACAAGGGGCCCUGUAAUGUUACGUGGUCUGGUUGGGCACUGGACCAUAUUAGGGAAUCUGGUGAUGGCACAGACCCCUUGCAAGGUACAGCCUCUCCAGGACACACUGGUAGAAAGUGAUGUCCAAUCUAUUCCUACUAGUGCUAAGAGGAGACCAUUCAGGAAGACAGAAAUUGCCCAUCAAAGCCCCCUGAGUACAGCCUGCAGUCGGUACCACAGUGCAAAAGGUAGGAAAAGAAUAGGGUGACUAAAACAUUUAAAUUUAAAUAUUUGUGUGUGUCUCUGUUAAUGCUUAUGUAUGUGUGUCAGUCAAUGUGUGAGUCUGUUAGUGCUUGUGUACAAGGGAGUGGGUGUGUGUAUGUUUGCCAGUGAAUGUGUCAGUGUGUCUGGCAUUGAGAAUCGCUGUGUGAGUGUAUGUCUGUCUGGCAGUUUGUACCUGAGUUUGUGCGUGUAAUAUGUCUGGAAUGUAUAUGUGUGUGUUGGUGGGGGCUCAACGACUGUGUUUGUAAUGGAUCAUAAGUGUUAUGAUGGCAGCCCUGCAGGAUGAACUGAGAGUCGAGGCAGCAGGUGGGGAGUGUUCCACUGGUUGUAAUCUGUGCCACAUGCAGAGGGUAAACAGGAAGGAGUCCCUACCACUAGACACCAGGGACCAUGGCCAGUUAAUUUUAUCACGUGCAUUUUUUUUAAUUAUGGGUCUCAGUUGGGGCCUCAUGUUCAAGUUUCGCCUCGCAAAGUUUAGAGCCGUUUCCGUAUAUCUUAUUUGAUGAUCUUUUGCUGUGAUUUAUGCUCUAUAAAUAUACUUAAGAUCUAUUAAGCAAUUCCUGUAAUAUUGAGUUGAAGAGCCUGUGGCAUUUUUACAUGAUACAAUUACUUUACAAAUAAAUGACAGAUGUGUCACUCUGCAUGAAAGUCGGCAAGGCUCUUCUUUGAACUAAAAACCAAAAACUUUUAUUUCUUUUAAUAGUUUUUUUUCUUUUUUAUGCCAGCCAAAAUGUUGCUCAUACAAUUUAAAUUAAUAUGGAGUGAUAUUAAUAUACUUUUUAUUGUAACCAAAGGCAGACACAUUGUCUUCAUUGUUUCUUCUAUCAUAGUUUGGUUCUUUGCACAAUAAAAUAGCCUCCAGACAGAUCGAUAGAACAAGUCCAGCAGGGAAUGCAUUUCUUUUAAUUGCCCGCAUAUUAAACGAUAAUGUGUUCAGCAGGCAGUUUUGUUAACCCUCAGUAGUUGAAUAAAAGUAGUAGGCAUGGCUGUAAGCAGGACAGUAGAAAUGGCUGAGAGGGAAUAGACAUGCACAGAUAUUUUGUGAUUACUACAUUUUAUGUUAUGUGAUCAACCUCAUAAUUACAGUUAGGUCCACAAUGGUUCUCAAAUGAAACAACCGAGAUGCAAUUGAAGUGCAGACUUUCAACUUUAAUUCAAGGGAUUGAACAAAAAUAUUGUAUGAAAUGUUUAAUUUUUAUACAUGGCCACCCUUAUAUCAGGGGUUCAAAUGUACUUGGAUAAAUUAACACAAUCAUAAAUAAAAUUUAAUGUUUUGAAUACUUUGUCGAGAAUCCUUUGCAGGUAAUGACUGCUUGAAAUCUGGAAUGCAUGGACAUCACCAAACAUUGGAUUUCCUCCUUUGUGAUGCCAGGCCUUUACUGUAGCUGUCUUCAGUUGUUGUUUGUUCAUGGGUCUUUCUCCUUUAGGUUUAUCUUCAGCAAGUAAAAUGCAUGCUUGAUAAGGUUAUUGACUCGGGCAUUGCAGAAUAUUCCACUUGUUUGCCUUAAAAAAAAAAAAAACUACUGAGUUGCUUUCACGGUGUGUUUUGGCUCAUUGUCCAUCUGUAAAGUGAAGCGCCGUCCAAUCAACUUUGCAAAAUUUGGCUGAAUCCUAGUAGACAUUAUAUCCCUGUAAACUUCAGAAUUCAUUCGGCUGCUUCUGUCACAUCAAGAAAAACUAGUGGCCCAGUGUCAAUGGAAGCCAUUCAUGUCCAUGCCAUCACACUGCCCUGUUUUUACAGAUGAUGUGGUAUGCUUCGGAUCAUGUGCUGUUCCAAGCCUUCUCCACACUUUUUUCUUCACAUCAUUCAGGUACAGCUUGUUUUUACGUUAGCGACACAUCUAGUGACAGUCACUCACACGGCGACUAGAGGUGCUUCCUAGUCCAGUGCUGCACAGUGUGCAGAACUGGCGUUGAGCAUCUCCACGCUCUGCAUGGAGACGCUGAACGUUCCCCAUGGAGAUGCAUGUGCAAUGCCCAACCCAAAUUUGGAUUGGAUGAGAUCAUCAGGAUUUGCUGAUCUCAGCUAUGGAGGUGGAGCUAGCUGCAGCAAGAUCUGCGUGGGAGAAAAGGUGAGAAAGAGAAAAGGUGAGAAAAAUCACCUUUAAUCUCAAUAUUGAGUGGGCCGGUGACCUAAGCAGCCACUUCAGCACUAUAGUGUCAGGACAGGAAUACAUGUUCCCAAAAGUGUUGUACAUGUGUAAAAACAAUACACCCUAGCUCACUAGCCUCCUGAACUUUCUUAUAGAAACAUAGAAACAUAGAAACAUAGAGUGUGACGGCAGAUAAGAACCAUUCGGCCCAUCUAGUCUGCCCAAUUUUCUAAAAACUUUCAUUAGUCCCUAGCCUUAUCUUAUAGUUAGGAUAGCCUUAUGCCUAUCCCAUGCAUGCUUAAACUCCUUUACUGUGUUAACCUCUACCACUUUAGCUGGAAGGCUAUUCCAUGCAUCCACUACCCUCUCAGUAAAGUAAUACUUCCUGAUAUUAUUUUUAAACCUUUGUCCCUCUAAUUUAAGACUAUGUCCUCUUGUUGUGGUAGUUUUUCUUCUUUUAAAUAUAGUCUCCUCCUUUACUGUGUUGAUUCCCUUUAUAUAUUUAAAUGUUUCUAUCAUAUCCCCCCUGUCUCGUCUUUCCUCCAAGCUAUACAUGUUAAGAUCCUUUAACCUUUCCUGGUAAGUUUUAUCCCGCAAUCCAUGAACCAGUUUAGUAGCCCUUCUCUGAACCCUCUCUAAGGUAUCAAUAUCCUUCUGAAGAUACGGUCUCCAGUACUGUGUACAAUACUCCAAGUGAGGUCUCACCAGUGUUCUGUACAAUGGCAUGAGCACUUCCCUCUUUCUACUGCUAAUACCUCUCCCUAUACAACCAAGCAUUCUGCUAGCAUUUCCUGCUGCUCUAUUACAUUGUCUGCCUACCUUUAAGUCAUCAGAAAUAAUCACCCCUAAAUCCCUUUCCUCAUAUGUUGAGGUUAGAACUCUAUCAAAUAUUCUGUACUCUGCCCUUGGGUUUUUACGUCCAAGAUGCAUUAUCUUGCACUUAUCCACAUUAAAUGUCAGUUGCCACAAUUCUGACCAUUUUUCUAGUUUACCUAAAUCAUUUGUCAUUUGGCUUAUCCCUCCUGGAACAUCAACCCUGUUACAUAUCUUAGUAUCAUCAGCAAAAAGACAUACCUUACCAUCAAGACCUUCUGCAAUAUCACUAAUAAAAAUAUUAAAGAGAAUGGGUCCAAGUACAGAUCCCUGAGGUACCCCACUGGUGACAAGUCCAAGCUUCGAAUAUAUUCCAUUAACUACAACCCUCUGUUGCCUGUCACUCAGCCACUGUCUUACCCAUUCAACAAUAUUGGAAUCCAAACUUAAAGAUUGCAGUUUAUUGAUAAGCCUUCUAUGUGCAACAGUGUCAAAAGCCUUACUGAAAUCUAGGUAAGCAAUGUCUACUGCACCACCCUGAUCUAUAAUUUUAGUUACCCAAUCAAAAAAAUCAAUAAGAUUAGUUUGGCAUGAUCUCCCUGAAGUAAACCCAUGUUGUCUCUGAUCUUGAAAUCCAUGUGUUUUUAGAUGUUCAUCAAUCCUAUCCUUUAACAUGGUUUCCAUCACUUUCCCCACUACUGAAGUAAGGCUUACUGGCCUAUAGUUGCCCGACUCCUCCCUAUUACCUUUCUUGUAAAUGGGCACAACAUUCGCUAACUUCCAAUCUUCUGGGACUACUCCUGUUAACAAUGAUUGGUUAAAUAAAUCUGUUAAUGGUUUUGCUAGUACACCACUAAGCUCUUUUAAUAGCUUUGGGUGUAUUCCAUCAGGUCCCAUUGACUUAUUUGUCUUUACUUUUGACAGUUGAAAUAGAACCUCUUCCUCUGUAAACUCACGUGUAAUAAAUGACUCAUUUAUCCUUUUUCUCAACUGAGGUCCCUUUCCUUCAUUUUCUUCUGUAAAUACAGAACAAAAAUAUUCAUUGAGGCAGUCAGCCUGACCUUUAUCCUCUUCUACAUACCUUCCUUCUUUUGUUUUAAUCUAACUAAUCCUUGUUUUACUUUUCUUUUCUCAUUUAUGUAUCUAAAAAAUGUUUUAUCCCCCUUUUUUACUGACUGUGCUAUUUUCUCUUCUGUGUGUGAUUUGGAAGCUCUUAUAACUUGCUUAGCCUCUUUCUGCCUAAUCUUAUAGAUCAUUUUGUCUCCCUCACUCUGGGUUUUUUUAUAAUUCCUAAAUGCUAACUUUUUGUUUUUAACUAUUUUGGCCACAUCUGCGGAGUACCACAGUGGUUUCUUGAAUUUUUUGCUUUUACUGACAAGCCUAAUGCAAUUUUUUGUUGCCUUCAAUAGAGCAACUUUUAAAUAAUCCCAUUUUUCUUGGACUCCAUUUAAAUUGCUCCAGUCUGAUAAUGACUCCUCUACCUAUAUUCUAAUUUUAGAAAAGUCUGUUUUUCUAAAGUCUAAAACUUUUGUUUUUGUGUGGUGUGACUCAGUCACUGUUCUUAUAUUAAACCACACUGACUGAUGAUCACUGGAUCCUAAACUUUCACCUACAGUAAUAUCUGAUACCAAAUCUCCAUUUGUUAACACUAAAUCUAGUAUGGCCUCUUUACGAGUUGGCUCCUCAACAACUUGUUUUAGAGACAAUCCCAGUAGGGAGUUUAGAAUAUGUGUGCUCCUGGCACAAGUAGCUAAUUUUGUUUUCCAAUUUACAUCAGGAAGAUUAAAGUCACCCAUGAUGAUAACUUCCCCCUUCAUUGUCAUUUUAGCUAUUUCCUCAACUAGUAGAUUAUCUAACUCUUCAAUUUGUCCUGGGGGCCUAUAAAUCACACCUACACGAGUUACUGUGUGAUUACCAAAUUCUAACGUAGCCCAAACGGACUCUAUGUUUGCCUCACUAACUUUUAUUAGGCUAGAUUUUAUGCUAUCCUUCACAUACAAGGCCACCCCUCCCCCUUUCUUGCCUUCCCUAUCUUUCCUAUAUAAAGAGUACCCUGGUAUUGCUAUGUCCCAGUCAUUUUUCUCAUUGUACCAUGUCUCAGUAACAGCGACUAAAUCUACACUAUCAGUUGCCAUUAUUGCCACAAGUUCAUGGAUCUUAUUCCCUAAACUGCGAGCAUUUGUAGACAUGACUCUAAGCUUAUCAUUUUUAACACACUUGCUACAGGCACCUUCUGUCCUUGUUUUGGGGGACAAUUGGAUUGAUGUUUUAUCACCCUUUUGCCCCCCCCUCCUAGUUUAAAUACAUCCUAGCAAAACCUCUGAACUGCUCACUGAGAACAUUUGUUCCCUUUUGAGAAAGAUGCAAACCAUCUUUUUUGUACAGCUUAUCUCCAUUCCAAACAGAGCUACCAUGAGAAAUAAAGCCAAAUCCUUGCUCCCGACACCAUUCACCAAGCCACAAAUUAAAGUCCCUAAUACGCAUCCGCCUGUCGUUCUGAGUGUUAUGCACAGGCAGAACUUCAGAGAAUGACAGUGUGGAAGCAACCUGCCGUAUAUCAUUGGCAAAAACACUAAAAACUUCCUUAACCUCUGAAACCUCAUUGCAAGCCAAGUCAUUUGUCCCUAGAUGGACAAGUACAUCCAAUUCCCCUUCCUGCUUUGCUUGCUUAACAAUAUUACAGAUACGUCUCCUGUCUCUGUGAGCAGUAGCUCCGGGAAGACACCUCACAAGACCACCAUUGUCCAUCUCCACACCUCUUAUAAUGGAAUCACCCAACAACAACUGCUUUCUAUUAGGCCUCACCAUAGUCUCCAAGCCGGUCUCCACAACACCACUAGCCUCAGUGCCUCUCUCCACAACACCACUAGCCUCAGUGCCUCUCUCCACAACACCACUAGCCUCAGUGCCUCUCUCCACAACACCACUAGCCUCAGUGCCUCUCUCCACAACACCACUAGCCUCAGUGCCUCUCUCCACAACACCACUAGCCUCAGUGCCUCUCUCCACAACACCACUAGCCUCAGUGCCUCUCUCCACAACACCACUAGCCUCAGUGCCUCUCUCCACAACACCAUUACACUCUGAAAGUGCAGAAAAUGAAUUAUGAAGAGCAACAGACUGUGCAAAAUGCCUUUUAUCCACAACUCUAAGUCUACCAGAUCCUACAGUAAUCCAUCUGCCUUUCCUAGCAUGUCUCUGCGGCAGUGGCUUUGCAGCAGUUCCAGUCUGAGUUUCUUCACCAGAUAAUUUACAAAUCUCAGACUUCAAAAAUACAAUCUCCUGCCGCAAGAUAGAGAACUGUCUACAGAUUAGACAACAACCAAACCUCCAAAAAGUGGAACGUGAAACAAAUGCAUAGCAAUUGUUACACUGAACUAAGCCUGCCAUUCCAAUUAUGAGAAUAAUUUAAAUCUAACAAAUCUUAACUUUUUUCUUUAUCCUCCUGAAUACCUCAGAUUACCUCCAGGUUAUCUCCAGAAUAUCUCCAACUACACACUUAGAAACUGCACUUGGAAGUAGCACCAAGCUAUAUUAGACAAGCUAAUGAGACCAAGCCUUAUAUAACUCCUUAAAUCACCGCCCACUAGGAAUGUUUAACACCUGGGUAGGCCUCUGCUUAUUUGCAAACAAUAGCUAAUUAACCAGCAAUCAACAGCAAGUAACUAGCUUAAUCAAAUCAAAUGCCUUAUAAUUACCAACAGGAAUUCAAACCUUGGGCAAUCAGUAACCUUUUCCUACAGAUGAAUCUUACCUGUAACAGUAGAAAAGAAAGCUCUUAGCACAACUCUUAGACAGUUGAAGCUUCUGUAAAACUCUACAGAAGAAACAAAUUUGUGGAAAAACUCCUGACAUAGAAAAUAGUCAUUGUGUUUUCCUUUCCGUCCAGUAUUGAAAGGUCAAUGAGGUAAUCCUCCAAUUGCUUAGCAACAGGGUAAUUUAUUCAUUCUUGACCAGAGUGGUGGCAACAGCUGCUGAGGUGAUGCUGUUCAAAAGGUGACAAACCAUGUGGCUUGCAGGACUUAUGUUUGUUUCUGUUUUAACAGAUAAACAUUUAGGAUCUAUUAUUAAUAGCAUAAUACAGAGUCAGAGUGUAUAGUAUAAGUUAAAGUUUUGCUCUGAAAUAGGGACGGUUAUGGAUUCCUUUAAUCAAUUGUAAUCAAUGAAUGAGACUUAAAAACUCAAAUUCUCGCCUACUAGAUGGGACUAAAAGUUAUUCACCACCACAAAUACAAGUAAACAUUUUGUUUUUGUUUUUCACAAUUUGUCAAUUAGGCUAUCAGUAGGUGUCCGAAGGAAGGGGUGUAUAAAUGUGUGCAUGGAGGCUUCCUCGCCAAGGCUCAUAAUAGUGAGAAAUUUUUAAGUCAUCAUGUAUGGCUAUAGAGGUAAACGUAUAUGGAUUUAACUCUAAUUGAUUCCCUCGUGCUAUCAAAGUAAACAUAUGGAAAAAAACUGAGCUGUCACUGAAAGACAUAAAUUACGGGCCAUUCAGUCAAUAGAAACUGCUUAAAGGUACACUGUAGGCACUAUAACUACUUUAUCUCAUUGAAGUGGUUACAGUAUCCAGAGUCCCCCGUCCUUAAAGACUUCUUUAGGGCUGCACCGUUUCUGUGGAACACCCUUCCCUUUUCCAUUAGACGCUCACCAAGUCUCCACUCCAUCAAAAAAUCAUUAAAAACUCACAAAAGCAUAUUAAUUAAACUGUUAAUGGCUCCCAAGUGCUUCAUCUCCUGCAACGGUCAUUUUUAAAGAAAAAAACCCACACUAAGUCUUAAUUGAAUACUAUUCUACCAAUCUACUUCCCUAAUACUUCCCUUACCUUUUGUGUCACUUUACCCUACUCCCUCUAGCACAGUGGUUCUCAAACCAGUCCUCAAUAGUCCAGGUUUUGUUAGUAUCCCCAUUGAAAUAAAACAGGGAAAUACAUAAAUCCUGGACUGUUGGUCGGCCACGAGGACUGGUUUGAGAACCACUGCUCUAGCAUGUAAGCUCAUUGAGCAGGUCCCUCAACCCCUCAGUUCCUGUGCAUCCAACUUGUCUGGUAACAAUUAUAUGUUUGUUAGUCCACCCACUGUAAAGUGCUACUGAAUUUGUUGGCACUAUAUAAAUAUAAUCAUAAUAAUAACGAGAGUCCCCAGCUGCUUAUCUCAUUGGUGCUACUCAGGCAAAUGAGGAAGCAUUAGCCUGUGGCUAAGAGUAUCAGAUGACUAAUUUCAGCUGAAAAAAACACUCAUUGCUGCUAUUAAUUGGAAUGGCUUAGUCAUACCUCCAGUCAGAAACUAGAAACCACCGGGCCCCGGUGCAAAAACUGCCUCAGGGCCGCCCCAUGUGUCUCAUCUCCAUCUGCCAGCCCCUCCACACGUCUCAUUCUCCACCUCAGUCCCUCCAUGUUUCUUACCCACCCCCUGUGUGUCUCUCCCACCUCCGUAUAUUUGGGGUUCAGUGUGGGGCUGUGCUGUAAUCUGGCAUUUCCUCUCUCCUCUAGCGCUCUGUUUAGUAUGCCAGGGCCGGAAUGACGUAAUAUUCCGGCUUCCAGCAUCACAGAGGGCACGCGAGGGAGGAGAGGAACUGUCAGAUCAGUCUCUCUCCCCACCCACAGUGCCGCUGCCUGCCUCCUGUCCCCCCACCCACUUUACAGUACAUAUCGGCAGAGUAGGCACCUGUCAUCCAGGUAAGCUCUGCUACACAGCGUAAGAGCCGAUUCGGGGGUGUCCUAAGAUGGCAAGAUGGCCACCUCCUGGGCCUUCUGUGAGAUGGCUCCUCUCAGCACCCCCACUUUCAGCAGCUUACAGUCGCAGGGGUUAGCAGGGCUACGGAGCCCCCUGGAGUGACAGGCCCGGUCGCAGCUGUGACCCUUGCGACUGUGGUAUUUCCGUCACUGCUAGGCUGCAAGUGGCCAGGGAUCCUUAUUUUGUGUGAAACUACUUGAAAAUGGUAGAGGACUCCAGGAAUUCUAGCCAAUUCAAUGAGAUGAAAUGGUUAUAGUGCCCACAGUUUCUCUUUGAUAUAUUUAAAAUAAUGCUAGUUAAAGGAUUAUUCCAAGCACCAUGACCACUGCAGUGAUUUGAAGCAGUCAUGGUGCUUGGCCUCUGUAAGUUUGACGUUUGAAAUGCUGCACAUACAAAAAUAUUUGAUGUUUCUGCUGGAGGUGUAACCAAGUUUCCGUCCUCAAGAUGGAACUUUUGUCAAGAUACAAAUAAAGUAAAUAAAGAAGACAUUAAAUGCAAAUUUUAUAAUAUCCCUCAAAAGUAAAGAAAAACACUUUUUUUUCAGGGAUAUUGUAGGGUAUUAAAAAAAAUUCAGGCCCAACAAAUACCCCCCUCAGGAGUGGGCGAACUACACAAGGGAGCGUAUAUACCCACACCCUCACUCUCUUCCCUACACUAGUUAUACACUAACCCUCAGGCACGAGACCUACCAACUCACCUGAUGCUCACUAGGCAACCCUGAUACCACACACCCUGGCAACCAGCUCAGUAUAGAGACUACUCAGUCAGAUGCAAAACGUGACCUACCCACAGAGAAGCAACAUACACAAUACUCCCGAACCCUUAAGUGACAAUCCCCCCCCCCCAAGGGAUCACUAUAUGGCACCUACACAGGGCUUCUUCAGCCUGACCUAACUUAAGAUGAUGAAAAGCAAAAUCUCCUCCUCAUGCGCCUAGACCAUCUCAGACAAAACGCUAACCUACACCCAAUCAAACUAGGCAUACUUGUCUAACACAUACAAUCUAUCUAUUAGAUGCAAAUCUCAUAUAGGAGAUUACUUAACUUAGCUUGUUCAUACAACUCAUUAAAUGUAAAAAUGUGCAAGUUUUAACGCAUAACUUACCUAUGUUCAAAUAAUAAUGCGCUUGUGGAAGCUGUUGUGGCUAUACAAGCACUGCUGUAAACCCAUGCACAACAAAAAUAAAAAAAAAAAAAAAUUCAGGGAUAUCUUUCCUUCCCAUUUAACCAAUGUCAAUCACUGAUAAAGCACCAGGAUUUGGAGAGCUGGUGUCAUUGACUGGGAAGGUGAUGAAGUUAUUCAUGCGUCACAAACCCACGUAGAUAUUAAAAGUGCUGUCACACAAAUGAAGAAGAAUCUCACGCCGCAAAAGGGCUUGAUCUUCCUCAAAUACUCUAAAAAGGCCAAGAGGUCAAAAGCUAAACCAGAUCUGAUGAAUGGCUGAAGGUACCCACUGAUUUUCUCUCCUAAUGCUUAAACCCACUAGAUCAAAACAUGAGUUAAUUUCCUUUAUAUUCAAAUUCAACAAACAGUAUCAAUUACAGUAUUGUUUAUGUAUUUGUUUCAUUGAAAAUUGAGAAAUCAUAUUUUCGGAGGUCUAAUAUAAUGGCUUUUGGGGAAGUCAAAUACCUUCAAUAUAUAUUACAUGAUUUUGUAGUGUUAAAAGUUUUAAGUUAACAUCUAUGUUAUGUAUUUUAUUGAUGUAUGUAUAAUUUAACUAUAGUAAAAUAAUAAACUAAAGACCUAUUAAACACAUCAUGACAUUCAAUCACAAUGUAGAUCAUGGCAUUUAAGAGUUAGAGAUUUCAAAUGAUUGCACAUCUGAGAUCACUGUGUUCUGAAUUCAGAGCAUGACAGAGGUAGUUUACUAUUUCAUGAUGGUGGUGGAAAUGUGCAAUGUCUGGAUUUCAAGACUUUCUUGUUUUUUCACCACUUAAUGGUAUUUCCUGUAAAUCCCAACCUCAGUCAUAUUAAUGCCAAUAUGCCGAGGUAAUAAUAGAGUACUAUAGUGCAUGGUAAUAUUUGUUUGAUACAACCUAUAACUUUGUGAGGACUUAGUUUGACAUCCCUGGGGUAUUGUAUGGAUGUAUUUCCACUAUUCAGAUAAAUCAACCCUUACAUUCUAUAGACUAUUGAGCAAAAUGUCAAGGAUAUGGUCUGAAAUCUUCUUAGCUUUGAGAUAUUUUCCCUUUUCAAAGUGACAUUCCACUUUUAGUGAACUUAAUAUUUAUUGUUUUUACUUACUGUUUCUUUGUGACACACAAAUAGGUGUCAUGCUACUCCGGGGAUUCACUUGCAGAUGGUUAGCUAGUGAAUGACAUAGCCUGCUAAAUCAAAACUAAAAUACUAGCAGGAAAUAGCCUGAUUAGCAUUGUGUAAGGCAUAUGUCUGAAAAUGUUUGUAAAUGUUAUGGCUGGUCACGGUUAAAGAUGGUGGGACUCGAGAUUCUACCUCAUUUAACUCCACCCCCUGACUUACUGGGUGCUACCCAUUUUAUCCUAUAUACUCCAACACAUGUGGGAAACAGCCAUUUAAAAGUGGCCAGACUGAACACCCUCAUUUUGUUAAACGAUAAAAGCCCAAGAAGACAGACCAAAAAGACCUCCAUGGCCUUAUGCAAAACCAACAGGUUCACCACCAGGGGGGUGCAUAUCUUUGAUCUCACUUACCCAGGUGUGUGUGUGUGUGUGUGUGUGUAUAUAUAUAUAUACAUAUAUAUAUAUAUAUAAAAUCAAAGAUCUCCCUUCUCAGGUACUUGAAUGAAACAGCAUGGGGGGCAGGAGGCUCUCAGUCUUCAUCUCUGCAGAAGGCCCUCUCAUUCUCACAAGCCCUAGCUUUCAGAGCGUUGCCAUAGGUUAUCAUGGCAACCUCUGAUUCCACAUGAUGCCGGGGCUUGCAAGAAGAGCCUUCACCCAGCAGAGGUGAAGGCUGAGGGCCACUACACAACAGCAUCUGACUCCUCUAGUGUAUUCUAGCUAAGAGCUAUAGGACAUUUAGUCUAACAGUAGCUGAUUGUCAUGUUUUGACACCCCAGAUAUACAAUAAUUACACAAGAAAAUUAAAUAUCAAGCCAGAGGAAAAUUAAAGUAGAAAUUCAGGUAGAGGCUGUUGAGAAUGGUAUAUCUAUCUUGAUACUGAUGUAACAUGGCAGUUUGAUAAAGCACGUUUAACAGAAUGUUCUUUCCUGAAAAAAACAAAAAAAACAUGAUUAUACAUUUGCAUAUAGAGUUAAGGUUACCUUUUAGUUUGUUUUUAUCACUCUGGCAUGAACAUGCCUUCAAGGCUACAGAACAUUUACGGAAUAUUUAAAGCUGCGGUGCUAGAAGUUUAGAAAAAAUAUUGUUAAUAAUUGUACAUUUAAUCAUCAUGAACAUACAGUAGUAUGGCUAUUUAUAAUGCGUACUUGAUACUUUUUUCCUCUCUUGAUUCAGUAAGUUUUAUGUACCUCCUAUACCUCCUCUUCAACCUAUCGUUCCUGCAAGUUUCUUGUAAUUGUCCUAUUUAUAGUUAAAUUCCCCCCUCUCAUAAUAUUGUAAAGCGCUACGGAAUCUGUUGGCGCUAUGUAAAUGUCAAUGAUAAUGUAUCCCACUACUCUUUAUGAGUAAUGUUACAUUACACAGAUGUAAUAUAUAUUGUUUAAUAAAUGAGACAAAUGUAUGAAGGAUUCAAAAUGUAAUUUACAACACACAUCUACACAUCUACACUUUAUUUUUAUUCUUUAUUUAGUUACAGGCAUAGAAAUACAGUUAUUCUGCAUGUCUUGUCAUGAGUUACAAACGCCUGCAGGUUUUACAAUAAGUGUGACAUACACAAAAUAAAAACAACAUAACACAACUUGUGCUUCUCAGUCAAGUGUUUCCCCUGAAUUUUCUUAGUAUGUUAAAAAGUACCUCCCUGGAAAGAUAAGGAAGGGAGGACUUGACUGAUGACAAGGAUAAGGGGAUGGUCCCGGGGGGGGAUUCAAAGUUGAAACAUAGGCACAUCAUAAAAAGGGGUAAAUGGGGAGGGUACUCACCAGUUCCCUGUCAGAGGCAUAGUGGUGCUAGCUUUAAAUAAUUCAAAGUGAAGGUCGUUUUGUUUGGUUGGGUGCUGUUGUCUUUUCUUUGUUUUGUCACAGCUCGCAGUAGUCCUGGCCAGCAAAGUAAAUUGGAAGAAAGUGCCCAAGCGGCUUGGGGAGUCGCAGCCUGCUGAGAGCUGAUGGCGGGGGCAGACCGCUCCGGACUCGUGGUUUAUUUGCAUAAAGCUGUCUGUUGGUAAACCCCCAACAGCUGACAGAGUGGGGACGCUGGCAAUAAUUAUCAAUAAAGCUGUGGCUGUUGCCCUUACCCAUAUCAAGUGUUGUUGUGUCUUUAUUGGGCAACGGGUGGUAGGGUGUUGUUCUGGUCAGCAGUCAUGUGAUUCUGUAACAUUUGUGGUCUUGUUCCUACUUUUCAGCAGUUGUCUCUCGACUCCCCCAGGAAGUGAGAGAACUGCCUCACUCCGAUCAUGUUAUUUAGCUAUAUCACAAAAUGCUAUUUUAUUUUUUGUAUUACGCCUGUCUACCUCACCAUGCCACUCGUGUUUGGGUGUUCUUUGUAGGGCAAAGUGUUAAGAGUUUUCAGUUAUUACAUGCAGAACAAGUUCUGUGACUCGGGUCCUUGGUGAGUAUACAUUUUUGUUGCAUUCAACCAAUAUAUAAGAACAGAUAGGUACAAAACAAAACCAAAAGGUUUGGUGGGCAGAGGGUCAGCAGAAUUUUCAACUCUCCACACUAUUGAUCGCUAUAUUACUUUCAUGGUCCUCAGACCUUACGGAAGGUUGAUACAGUGUUCCACACCUGCUCUGUCAACUUGGACCAACUCUUCUUUUUACAUUUUGUUUUAAAGCUAAUGUAUUAAAGAAUAUGAAAUAAUUAAAAUGAUACCAUUAAAUGCCCCCUUUUUGAGCUCAUAUGUAAGCUAUCCUCCUCCUGUGUAGACCUUUAUAAUGAUCAUGCUGAUAGGUGUGGUAAAGGCUGUAAAGCAUAAUAAUCACUUGGGCUUAAUUAAGCUGCACUUUAUUCAGGAUAGUCACCUGCCUCCUUGAACUUGGUGAACCAUGCUACAAUCCACUUAUUCCAUAUCAAUUGUAACUCUGAGAACAGUUUAACCCAUGGGUCGUCAACCUGGUCCCUACCGCCCACUAGUGGGCGUUUUAGGAUUCCAGGUGGGCGGUAGGGAUUUCUGAGGCUAAAUCCUCUUUUUAAGAGGAUUUCUCCUUUUGGGCGGGCGCGAGCGGCUCUGCAUGCGCAAGUCUUCAGUGACCGGCAGGAGGAAGCGCUCCCUCCUGCCAGGCCACCUUCUGGACCCCCCGGCAUGGCAGCGUUCUAAUCAGUCGCGGCGAGGGAGCUCUAACCUCUCUGCUCUGCUCCCUCGCGCGAUGUUUGCUGAUGCCGCGGGAGCCGGAAUAUGAUGUCAUAUUCCGGCUCCCGGCAUCCGUAGACAGUCCGCGAGGGAGCAGAGCAGAGAGGUUAGAGCUCCCUCGCUGCGUCUGAUUAGCCGCCCGCCUAAGUGAAGCCCCACUGGACCCCAGGGACAGAUCCACACCAGCUCUCCAGGUAGGGAGGCUGGGUGGAUAUUUAAUAUUAAUAAUUUGUGUGUACAUGUGUUUGUCUCUAAGUGUAUGUGUGUGUGUCUGUGUAUGUGUGUGUGUCUGUAAGUGUAUGUGUGUGUGUCUGUAAGUGUAUGUGUGUGUGUCUGUAAGUCUGUAAGUGUAUGUGUGUGUCUGUGUCUGUAAGUGUAUGUGUGUGUCUGUGUCUGUAAGUGUAUGUGUCUGUCUGUAAGUGUAUGUGUCUGUCUGUAAGUGUAUGUGUCUGUCUGUAAGUGUAUGUGUGUCUGUGUCAGUGUGUGUGUGUGUCUGUGGGUCUGUCUGUGCAGUGUCUGUAAGUGCAUGUGUGAGUAUGUGUAUAUUUGUGUGUAUGUGUUUCAAUGUGAGUGUGUGUGUGUGUGUGUAUGUGUUUGCCUGUGAGCAGAGUACUUGUAGAAUAGAAGAAAGAAGGUGCAGAGUACUUGUAGAAUAGGAGAAAGAAGGAGUAGAGUACUUCUAGUAUAGGGGAAAGAAGGAGUAGAGUACUUCUAGUAUAGGGGAAAGAAGGAGUAGAGUACUUCUAGUAUAGGGGAAAGAAGGAGUAGAGUACUUCUAGUAUAGAGGAAAGAAGGAGUAGAGUACUUGUAAAAAAGGAGAAGGAAAGAAAAGGAAAAGGAGAGAAUUGUUGUUGACUAAUAAUAGUAAGUGGGCUACCUAGCUCAGCCUUCCUACUGGGCAUUGCUAUAAGGAAGGUUAAAAAAUAGAAAAAAGGGGAAAAAGGUGGGAAGGGGAAUUGAGGAGGGAGAGGAGGGGAGCUGACGCACAGAUGAGAAAUCAUUUUAUGAGCAAACAAAGAAGUCUUCCGAUUAUCACUGAAAGAGGAGACCUUCGUUUGUUCCUUAUGAAAAUCGAACCAGAUAUCAAAUAUUUAGUCUCGCAGCAUCAACCUCAAGGAUCUCAUUAAUCACUAGUAAAGGUAAGUUCAAUUUACUUUAUUGCUUCCUCAUUAAACUUUAUAAAGUUAAAAACAUUAUAAACAUGCAUAAAGUAGAAAUAAAAAGAUAAAUGUACGUACAUUUAUUUUUUUUAAAACACCCUCCUUUCUAAAAAAUAUUCCGCGCUUGCGCGAAAACUGGUGGGCGGUAAGGAAAUUUUUCCAUCAAGAAAGAUGCAUUAGUGGGCGGUAAGUGGAAAAAGGUUGACUACCACUGGUUUAACCCCUUAAAGGACCACUCUAGGCACCCAGACCACUUCAGCUUAAUGAGGUGGUCUGGGUGCCAGGUCCAGCUAGGGUUAACCCAUUUUUUCAUAAACAUAGCAGUUUCAGAGAAACUGCUAUGUUUGUGAAUGGGUUAAGCCUUCCCCUAUUUCCUCUAGUGGCUGUCUCAUUGACAGCCACUAGAGGCGCUUGCGUGCUUCUUACUGUGAUUUUACUUACUGUGAGAGCACGCCAGCAUCCAUAGCAAAGCUUUAUGAAUGCUUUCCUAUGUGACCGGCUGAAUGCGCGCGCAGCUCUUGCCGCGCGUGCGCAUUCAGCCGCAUGGGAAGAGAAGAGGAGGAUCGGAGGAGGAGAGCUCUCCGCGCAGCGCUGGAAAAAGGUACGUUUUAACCCCUUUCCCCUUUCCAGAGCCGGGCGGGAGGGAGUCCCUGAGGGUGGGGGCACCCUCAGGGCACUAUAGUGCCAGGAAAACGAGUAUGUUUUCCUGGCACUAUAGUGGUCCUUUAAGGUGAGCCACUGCCAGGGACCUCCUGGCACCAUAACAUUGCUAUGAAGUUGUUAUGCUGCCCGGAGUGUUCCUUUAAGGAUGUUAUUUACAUUCCAUGCUAUAAUCGAAUUACAGAUUUUUUUUCUGUGGUAAUAAAAACCAGUCCUGUGGGUAUGGCAGAGAAUGGAUUAGCAUUGCUCUGCUGUUGGCAAUCACACAUGAGUAAAUCUACAGAUUCGAGGCUGGGACAAUAUACUUUUACUAGAUAUUUUUGUCAUGUAAUUAGUAGCUAAUUUUUGGAUGUCAAGGCUUAUGCCCUCACAAAUCUUUCUUACCUCAGCAUUACAUACAAGGUUAAAGUGGAUCACCACAGAUAAUAUUCCCAUCCAUUUACAACUAGUUUGGAGAGAAGGCUGUCCUUUAUAAAUUGAUGUGAGUUCUGGUACACAGAUAUAAUAGGUUAUAGGACAAAAAAAAAACAAAUACUGUCCCAAUGCCACAUCGGGCAAGCUUAACAACCCUGUAAUACCAAGUUAGUAAAAUACUCACUAUGCCUGCAAGGUGUUUUGUUAAUUAAUUUAAAAAAAAAACACUAUACACCCUGCACUGCAUUUAUCACUGGUAUAAGAGUCUGACCCUUUAUUCUAGGAUUCUCAAAGAUAUAUAGCUCUGCCUACUAAAACAUUAGGGUUUAUUUACUAAGCAGUAAAAUGUGAUGAAUUUAGGUUUAGUAAAAAUAGUCCCACUAGCCGAGUUGAGAAGAUAGGAGAAUAUUUUCAAAUCCUAUAUUUUAGUCUAAUUUUGUAACUUCACUUUUCAGUUCAAUGCAAUUCCCUGUUUAGUUAAUAAUGUUAGUAUUACGGAAGUUCCGUGCAUGUGUGUGCCUCAUGUGGAAUACUGUGGUAUUUGUCCCAUAAUGCUUCGCAGUCAGAGAUGCAAAGGAUGUUGGGUCAGGUACGUGUGUACACAUAUAUUGUACCUUUAAAGUUUUGUGUGGCCAAAAAAUGAAAAUAUGGUUUUUUUAAUUAUCAGUUAAUUAUUUUUUUUUCAACACAACAUACAGAUUAUUUUAUUUGCAGAUUAAAAUGGAACUGUCAUGUUUAUGUUAAAGAAAAGUGGGCUAGGUUAUUGUAAGCAAUUCACUACCAAUUGGUGCCCACUUCCUGUCCUAUUUAUGAGGUGUGUCAAAAUGAAGUGUAAUAUGUUAUCCUGGUGGGUGCAGUCAGUUAUACUAAAUUAGACCAUCCCUCUUGGUACCACAAUGGAUUCUGCCAAAUGCAUCUUUGUAGAUGAUCAAAUUAAUGUUGGGAUUAAGUGACCAGACUUGUUUUAACAUUGUUAAACUAUGAUAAUAUAACUCGUAUUUUUUAUUUUUAGAAUCACCAAAUCAAAUUAUUUUGUUUGUAGUAUUGCCUGCCUCUAGGGGUCAUGAUAUAUGAAUACUAUCAAAAUCCGGCUCAGAUGUAACUAGAAUAAAAGGUUUAGAUCACUAUUCAAGGACUUCUUCAUGCAGUUUAAUAAUUUGUCAAAUAUUUUACCUGGAAGGAUAGUCAGAUUUCUCUGAAUUUUACACAUAUAAUAGGAGACAUGUUACCACAAUUAUAGAGUUUUGCAUAGUAUACAGGGUUACACCGAGAAUAGACAUAUACAAAACAAUUAUAAAUUAACAAUGAGUGCAGUUGCUUUUUGAUUUAUAGUCGAUGGAUGCAGAUGACUUCUGUGUCCAGACUGGCGGGAGAUUUGAUAUUCUCUGGCCGGUCAUUCUCUGUGUAUGGAGCUCUUUAGAAGUAAGAUGCUCGAUGCUUAACAAUGAGUGCAGUUGCUUUUUGAUUUAUAGUCGAUGGAUGCAGAUGACUUCUGUGUCCAGACUGGCGGGAGAUUUGAUAUUCUCUGGCCGGUCAUUCUCUGUGUAUGGAGCUCUUUAGAAGUAAGAUGCUCGAUUUGAUGGUUUUGAGGUGGAGGAUGGAAGUUACGUGGUACGAAAUACUGCGGUAGUGUGUUUUUCAGAGAAGUACUUUUGAACCAAACAAGAAUGGUGACGGAUAUGUCUGGAUUGAGAGUUACCUGAUUUAGUUGUUUCAUCAUAUCACCGUCAUGCAUAACAGGACAAAAUUCCAUUUUAAUCUGUUAUACAUUGUUCUAUCUAGUGGAAUAUUUAAUAAAUGUAUACAUUAACACAUAUCUUUGACCUUUUAAAAUAGUUUUCCCAGGAAAAAAAUCCUUCUGGAAAGCAUUUUAGAAGAUCACGAAAAUGUUGUGUAGCCAAAAGCCUGAAAACCAGAUUGGACAUUUUGUAUUCUGUGUAAGAUUUAUUCUUGUAUAUACAUUUGCUGUCUGUUCAGCUAAAAUGAUGUAUAUAUAAAAUUAUUAGCAGCUUUAAGGAGGACAAUUAUAUAAUAUAGCAUUAUUUACCCAGUGGUAUAUUUAAUAUCUUGCAAAAAUAGUUUUAAGACAUAAUAAGAUAAAUGCAUCUCUUUUUUUUUUUUUUUAUAGCUUCUUCCUUUUUUUUCUUCUGGUUUUUAAGGUAAUUUUUCUGUAUUAUUGCUCAAUAACUGAAUAAAAUAGUUGUUGGACUUUUUUUUUGUGGAUGAGAAUCUGCCAUCAAUUUAUUAUGCUCACAUUUUUUUGUCAUUUAUAUUUUAUUAAGCAAUUAAAAAAAAAAAAUAUUGCAUCCAUUUAGCAUGACAAUUAGGCCACAGACCAUGAAGUUUGUUAAUGAACAGUAGAAAUAAUCCAGGGUUCAAAUUGCCAUCAUCAAGAAAUGUGCAGGAUUUUUUGCAAAAGAAUGGUCUACCAUUGGACAACAAACUAUUGUCUCCUUUGCACCUGCUGCAGACAACUUCCAGUAUAGAGACAAAACAGAUUGCUGUUUCUGUCUAGGAGCACGAUAAUGUCAUGAAAAUGGAAACUUGACUGUAUUAAUACUACUUUGUGUCCCUUUAAUACACAGUCCACUACUCUACGUCAAUUUACAGUUAUAAAUGUAUAAUUUCUUCAAUAAAUUGCCAUCUAGUUAUCUGUACUAAUAUAUUACGUACAGACAGACAGAUUGAUACACACAAACACACCAAAUACAAACUACAAGAACACAGAGACUGAAAACAGUACGCCUCGGUCCCCCAGGACACACAUAUAUAAUGCAUAUGUGUUUCCUGCUCUUGUGAUUCCCGGCAGAGGGUGAAUAUUGUUCUGUCCACUGCUAGUGAAUCAAACAAAGUGGCAUUGUGCAAGCAGGGGCAAAGUAACCAAUAAUUUGAAGGCUGGGGUAACAUCAUUUAUGGCACGAGGCAGGGAUGUUGUAGCUAAUGUGUGCUGUAUACAUGUAGCUGUGUGUAUAGAUACAUAUCUAUAUAUUUUAUAUACAGAAAUAUAGUGAACUUUGCAACUCAUUUGAAUGGUGUUUUUGUUGUGACUAUUAUAAAUAAUUAAUUUGCACUAAAGAUAACCUGUAUGACAACAUGGGUUGCAUCACAUUCAGAUGUGUCAUUGUUUGGCAUUGUAUCUCCAUGGCCAUCCCAAAAUCUACAGACUAAAGAGGAGCAAUAAUGACCGUGUCGUAAUUAGUUCUCAUGGCUUCAGAGAAAAGCAACAGGUGUGAUUAGAAAAUAAAGGUGUAAUCGGAGAUACUUUAACACCUACUGGUAUUUUGCACUGUCAGAUCAACUGCGUUAAUAGCCCUGAGCAUGAUUUAGGGCUCAUUACAUGUAUUGUACAAAAACAAAAGAGGCUCCGAGAGUGGCAGCUAUAAAUAGCAUGCCCACACCGGCCUAGUAUGUAACAUACAAAUAUGCCUGGGGUUAAAGCACUCAGAAGUAAGGUACACAGUUCAGACAACAAAGUAGACAAUUUUGCUUUUAUUUGAGGCCAGGGCAAGCCUGUAAAAUCAAAGGGAAAGAUGCCUUGUCAACAAAACACAGCUAACCCCUUCGGUAUCAUGACAACAGCCUAAAACGUAAAAAAAUGAAGACAAAAAAAAUAAAAAUAAACAACACAAGAGAGGUGACAGCCUAUAAUGUUAGUGACACAACAGCUUCCAUUCUCACAUCAGAUAGUCACUCCAAGACAAAAGUUAUUUAAACUUUCAAAGUCUUGAGACCUCUGGUACUGACAAGAUAAUUUAUUUUCCAGUUACAUUACUCUCCUUAUUUUAUUCUUUCUUUUUUUUUUUUUUAGCCUCUGUUAAAAAUAUACACCCAGAAAUAUUUUAAUUUUGGAAGAGUUCUCAUGUAUUCAGUCAAACCCGUCCAUCUUAAUUCCAGUAAAAAGAUAUUUUACAGAUGUCUAAUCACUUUAAAAUUGCUUACAUAAUCCCUUUCAGAAGCUUUUAGAUCUAAUUAAAUCUAUCCCGUAUCACUUGGAGGUUGUUUCUUUGUAUUCACCAUUUGUUGGGAAGGCAUCCAUUUUAAACCAAGAAAUAUUAAUUAUUCUCGAGCUUACAGGGUGAGGAACGUCAUAUAUUUUUGGUAAUUCUGUCUCACAUAAGACACACAGAUUCAUUUGGUGCUACACAUUGGUCUAUAUUAGUAAUGUUUAAGCUAUGCAGCCCAGCUUUUUUGUUGACUAGCCUAAAUCUGAGAAAACUAAACUCUCUUAUCUGAAAACUAAAUUAGCCAUCCCAGGCCUUGGCCUAUAUAACAAUUAGGGUGUUAAUACGUAUAUUUUGCUAUUAUCAAAACCAUUGACACACCAUAGACAAUAAUGGUAGCUUUGAUUGAUCUUGUAAAAAUGCUUCAAGGUUCAUUCAUUUGCAAAGAAUUUGGAACGGAAUUUUAGAUAUGAAUCACUACACUAAAUAAAGAACUAAUCAGUAAGUCCCCUUCACUGUGUCAUUCCUCUUCAUCAAAGGAAUUCUAUAACAAGACAGUAUUAUUAUUACCCUAUUGAUCAAAAUGUGUGCAGAUGUAACUUUAGAUCAUGGUGCUUAGUCUUCACAGAUUGUUGUUUUUAAUUUGAUUUAAAUAGGGAAAUUAGGCAAAAAUGGUUGAUAUUUAUCAUGGGUACAUGCAAUGUAUGUGAUGAAAGACACAAAUAUACAUUUACAUAUAUAAACUAAAUUUAGGAUUCAUUAUUCCUGGAAAACAAAUAUAAAGCUACUGCAAAAUUGUAGGUGUGGGUACUAUUAAGACUGAAUUGAUUGAUGACAGAAACACUUACCGGUUUAUCGUCUUAAAAUAUUUUGCUUCACUUGGCCUUGUCAAUUCUCCAAAAUGCCUUACAUAUCUGCCUGGCACUUAAAUUCUACCAAAUGAUCUUCCAACUCCCUGAUGUAUUUGUAUACAUGUGUAUGUGUGAGUAAUGUAAUCACUUUACUAGAAUUCGCAGCCAUUUAAAAAGAUAACAUGCAUAUUUUUUUUAUAUCAUUUUGUAAUGAAAAACAGCUUUUCUCACAUAUUUUUGCUUGUUGCUACAUAUUCUCUUAGUGUGUUAGUGCAGCCUCUCAUAAACAUCAGCUUGUCUACCCUGUCCCUUGGAAAAGCACUUAAUUCCCACGUUUGUGAAUGAUAAUGUUGGUAGAUGUUUGACUAUGUGUUGCAUUAAUCCUUAUUGAAUUAGAUAGUCUGAUCAAUUAGCCAAUGCAAAUAAAACAUAGAAAAUCUCAAUGAUUAAUAGUUCCUUAAAGGAACACCCAAAACACCAUAACCACUAUAGCACGCUCUAGUGGUUAUAGCACCAGAAGUACCAUGGCCCCUACCUUCCCCAUUUAAGUAGUCAUUUUGUUUUAGAAUGGUUUGAUUUAUUACCUGGUGUCCAUCAAGUGCCUCUCCCCGCUUCCACUACAUCAGCCAGAGAACUGGGGGCUUCUGCUUAGGAGAUAUCAUUUCCUGCAGUAAUUCAUUGGCUGAGAGCGUCAGCUGAUCAUUCUCGGCCAAUGAGCUAACCCUCGCAAUGCUGGGCUUAGCUGAGCCGGAGAGCUUUCGGCUCCCUCAAACAAAAUGUUUCCCUGUACAGCAUGCUCAUAGAUCAAUCAACAGAAAAACUUUGCUACUUACAUUUGAGUACAAGCUGAUAUAAUCCUAAUAUAAAAAAACAAUGGUUAAUCAUAUUAUAUUAGCAAGUCACCCUUUAUCUCUCUUCUAUACAAUCUUCAUGUAUAGUAUUCCAUACUUAAACUAACUGGCAAUAUAAUAACAUAUUGAAUAUUAAAUACACUAUCUUUAAGAAGUAAUGUUACCAAACCUAAUAGAACCUAUUUACAAUGGGCCAAGAGGGACCGAAACAUACCUCACCUCACCCCCCCCAAAAAAAAAUCUUGCCAUGGUUCUGAGGCCUUAUGGAUUCCAGCGCUAAACACCUUGCAGAUUUCCAUAACUUGGUGGAAACCUAAUGACAAUUUGUUGAAUUUGUUUACCACUUCAUCUGACAGGGGACACAUGUUGGCCCUACUAAUUACAGGCCAAAGGAAAGCUAACCCUUGACGCUUUGUGAUUAAAAUUACAUUUUGUUUUUUCUUAAGUGAAUGUUAAUUUCAAAAACCAUUGACUUACCAUUAAAUUGAUAUGUGUUAUUUUCUCUGCACACUUUCACUAUUACAGAAAAUAAACUAUGACAAGUUACAUCAUUGUUUGUAGUUUAACUGAUUAAAUCUGUUCUUAUAGCAUGCAAAGGGUUAACCCAACGCACGUUAUGCCAGCAUAUAUUUAUCUGUAAAUUUGUCUAUCUUGAAAUAAUUUACAAAAGGCCUGCCUGCCUGCCUAGCUGACACCAGUGUCAUUAUGAUUAGCCUCCAGGGAUAUUAACACAGCAGCUAAUCAAUUUCUGUUCUCCUGGUGAAAGAGAGAUGGAUCUAAUGAGCAGUCAAGGCUUGUUCGACUCAUCUCAAGACUUAUUACAUUUACUUCAAUGGACAGAAUAUUUAGCUGAGAUUUAUAAGUAUUGCACCAUUGUUUUUGCUGCAUUAUUGUGAUGGAAAUAAGCCAUGAAAAUUACAUAAAAAAUGGAAGGAUCUCAUUAUUUCUGGAUAAAAUAAGGAAUGGAAGCCCAAAAGCUGAUUUGGUUGACUGGGGAAGAAAUAGGACUUGCAGCAAAAGAGUAUCUGGUGAACCGACGAGUUCCAGAAAAUUAAAAUUACUCAACUAAAGGUUUACUCCACCUCGAUUUUAUAUUUUCACUAAUAAUAAUUUAUUAGUGUCAUAUUGCAUCUCUCUUUAGGUCCCCCCACCACCUGUUUUAGCCAGAAUAAUAUUGUCCAUGAAGAUUUUCCCUGUCGUCACACCACGUCCUCCUCUUCCUGGUCAGGGUACUAUCAAAUGCCUCUCACUGAGAAGAAUUGAUGGACCUUCAGGACAUGUACCCAGAGUGCUGCAAAUGCGUCAAUCUGAGGUGGGAUGGGGGGAAGGAGGGAGUAUGGGAUGUCAAAAAGGAGGACUGGGGUGUACAAGAGUAGGGGAAGUAUCAUGGAAUGUAAUCUAACAUAGGAUGGCGGAAUAAGAGAGAGAGGUAAAAGAUUUCCAUUGACUGAACUUUCUUAGACUGUGUGCGCGCUCUCCUAAUGCCCUUCGUGUAGUGUGAGCAUGUCUAAUGAUGCACAUGUGCUAUACUUUUGGGACAAUUCCCUGGUGUUGUCCUGGGAACAAACCCUGGACAGUGAGACAGAACACUAAAACCGAGACUGUCUGAAAUUGGGACGAUUGGGAGGCCUCUUCUGGAGCUGUUGUGAUUCAUUUGCUUCAAGGAAAACACCCACGUGGUUUGUCCCACAGAUUAGAUAUUUUAAAUAUAUUUUCAUAUUUUAAUUAUUUAAUGAGUUGCUUGAACUAAGGUGCAACUGUUUCUCUCCUGUUUUUAGUCAUGUUUAUGCAUUUUGCAUAACUUAAAGUAUUACCUUGGGAAAUGUAAGCAUAGGCUUAAUGUUUUCCAGUACUCGACCUUCACUCACUAGAACACCAAGUAAUGGAUGAAUGAGUUUUGCAGGCAUGGAUUUCAAGAAAAAUCUGUUUUAUUUUAUUUUACUUUUUACAAUGUGGAGCAAAUUAAGAAUCAUAAUAUUUUCUAUAAUGCCAGAGCUCUGAAACACAUUGGUGGGAGUGUGGAAAACACUAAUAUAUAUUGUAGCAAUGCACUUUGAUAUAGCACAAUGACCUGCGUAUCGGCAUCCUUGUAUACAUGCUGGGUGUUUGUAUUGGUGAAUGAUUGAAAAUAAGCAGGGUGAUGUAAGAUGUCACACAUGCAUGCGCGCUGUGCCUCAUUCUAAGCUGGUUGGGUUAAUCCCUUGUGACAAGUUCUAUGGAAUAUGUUUUAAUUAGAACACUAAGUUAGGCAUUGGACACAGAACAUAAGGUAAAAUGGAUCAAGAUGAUUUUAUUUUGCAGAGCAUCAUGUACCAUUAUCCUCAUUUACAUCUGUAACACGGACCACUAAACCUGACAUAAACUGUGGGAAACAGAAGCCACAAUAUUACCUUAUGUCAGAUAAGCUCCGUCAAGUGCAAAGCAUCUUACCUAGCAACACCCAAUUGCAUUUUCAUUUGUAGAAGAAGACAAUGACUAGUUUUUGGGUCAUUCUGCCCUAGUGUAUCUGUUGAUCUGAAUCUUGACCUUCAUUGUUAUUAUAUACAUCAGCAGACAAGUACUCCAACAUAGUAUUAAUCUCCCUCACACACACACUCAUUACUCCCUCACACACACAUUCAUUACUCCCUCGCACACACUCAUUACUCUUUCACACACACAUUCAUUACUCCCUCGCACACACUUAUUGCUCCCUCACACACACACACACUCAUUGCUCCCUCACACACACACUUAUUGCUCCCUUGCACACACACUUAUUGCUCCCUCACACACAAACUCAUUACUCCCUCACACACACACACACACACACACACUCAUUACUCCCUCAUACACACACACUCAUUACUCCCUCACACACAAACUCAUUACCCCCUCACACACAUAUUACCCCCUCACACACACAUUACACUCUCUCACACAUAAACAUUACACUCUCACACACAAACACAUUACUUUCUCUCACACACACACACACACACACACACCACUCCCUUACAUGCUGCACUUCCUCACACACUACACCUCUGCACACACUACACCUCUGGACACACACCACUCACUCAUAUACACUCACACACACACACCACUCCCUUACAUGCUGCACUCGCUCACAUACUACACCUCUGCACACACUGCACUCACUCACACAACUACACUCACUCACACAUUGCACCCCUUCACACACACACUGCACCCCCUCACACACCACCUUACACACAACACCUCUGCAUUCACUGCACUCCCUCACACACACCACCCCCUUACACGCUGCACUGCCUCACACACUACACCUCUGCAUACACUGCAUACACUGCACUCCCUCACACACACCACCCCCUUACACGCUGCACUCCCUCACACAUUCUCUACCCCGUCACAUACACAGUGCGCUCCCUUACAUACUGCAUCCCCUCAAACACACACUACACACCCUUAGAUGCUGUACUCCCUCACACACACAGUACACCCCCUCAGACAUUGCACCCACUCACACACACACACUUCAUCCCUUCACACGCUGCACCCUCCACACACACACUGCAUUCCUCACUGCAGUCUGUGUGUAUUUAUCAAUCCGUGUGUGUGUGAGUGUGUCAAUCUGUGUGUACAGUGUGUCUGUAUUUAGAAGUCUGUCUGUGUGUAUUCAGAAAUGUGUGUGUGUGUGUAUGUAUGUAUUGCAUUUGUUAGAGGCACCAAUAAAUAUAAACUUAAUUUUAUGGAUAGAUUUUUAUUUCUGUGAGUGGUUGUAUAGGCCGGGCCCCAGUUCACUGCUUUGCUUGGGGGCCUAUAAUGCUGUGAAGAUGGCACUGGCAGUGUGGUCAGUGGCCCUGGUAAAGUAGCAAGUGAAAAACAUCAGGCUUGGAAAGUCUCCGUGACCCUACCAGUGGAGGUUGGUCCAUAGAUGCAGGUGGGGUGGGGCCCCCCGAUUUAAAAAUAAAUCAAUCAAUUAUUUAUUGGUAUUGUAAGGUCUAAUGAUAAGUGUGAGUUAUAAAAUAUGUGUCUGUCGUGAUUAUAUCUGCACUUUCCAUUCUCCCUUUUAUUGAUGACUGUAGACGCACACGGCUUCUCAUGGGGUUAGAAAGGUUUUAGGGGCAGUUCCCCAACCUCUCUAAACUUUGCCACCCUCCACGUGGCUCUACCUCACCUUGUGGUUCACCUGGAUGUGGCUUUGCAGGCAUUUGAAGUGUGUGCCUUAUACACCUUACGAAUAAUGGUCAUAAUGAAUAACCAUUUGAGUCUUGGAGAUAAGCAUUACCUGAAUCUAUUAACAGAGGAUUCCAUCUUGACAUUAGUUGUUAACAGGAAAAGCAAUGGAAAAAAGUAUUUACUAUCAUCUCAACAGAUCAUUUAAAAAAUAAAUAGAUCCAUUCGCUAAACAAUGAGCUGUGAUGGCAACCUUUUUGCAAAAUGCAAACCAUGAUAGCGGUUAAGUUACAAAAAAAAUGUAAACCACCGAUUUGCAAAUUCACAGCAAAUUGCUGUUCAGUAGAUACACCGCAUAGUUUCUGAUUAUUAUUAUUCUGCCUCGGAACAUAAUGUUAUUACCAUCUCAGUCUUCACUGACAUUGCAGUUGUGAUAGUUUAUGGGGUUACAUAAAUAGUAACAGAGAGAAUCCCUUUUCCAUUCCAUCCCUGCUCUGUUUUUCAUCCAACGAACUUUAAAAACAUAUGGAACAAUAAGGCUUUUGUAUCUUGAAGCUGUGCAAGCAUUUUUGCUGAAAAGAGUUCCAGUGGGAUCUGUCUUCUGCUCGAUAAUCUAAAACACAAGACUGCAGAUUCCUUUAACUGCUGCCUUCCAAUUGUAGGCAUGAAAUUACAGGCAGAAAUAAAUGUUUUUGAGUUUUUUGGUUUUUUGCCCCUUUAAGUAAGACCAACUAGUGGCCAAGAACUGACUCAGUUUAAUGGUGUUUCCCAUUACAUAACUGGCACUUUGGUGACUAUAACUACAUGCAUAUCACACUGAAUGACCAGUGAUUGAAAUACUGAUCCCGAAACGUUAGGCACAUGGAUCACAGCGACUACACAGGCAUGUGUUCUAGCAUAUCAUCAGCGAGGUACUUGGGCAUGUUACGCCUGUUUGUAACUACCUUCACUUAAGCUGGAGUGCAUGAUAAUUUGACUGGGAGCACCCACAAUGGUGGUCCAGUAAUGUACCCCUAAUGCUUAGAUGAAUACAAUCAUACCUCACUUACGAGGCCAUUAAUAGGCUUGUAGAUUCAUGUCUGGGGUUCCUGUUCUCUUCAUGCAGGGACACUACCUCUGUGUUUUGUUUACAGGGCCAAGUCUGUUGGUAGGAUUAAACCGGUAUGCAUGUUUUCUUUGUAUUGCACAAAUUGGGCAGAAUAAUGAUAAUCUCUCCUGAGCGGUGAUUGUGCCCGAUAUACAAUCAUGUAAGUGAGUCAUCUCCGUUUACAUAGUUGGCUUAGUUUUUGAAAUGCCAAAAUAAAAUGUUUCAUACAAAAUAAAAGCAGAUCUCUCCCUCAUUUCAAAUGACAUAUAUUGAUUUGUAAUAGUGUACAUGUUUUGUCUAUAUAUAGACAAAGCAGUGAUAUUCAUAACAUUAACUCUACUCGUGCUGAAUGGCUGAUUAUUCUGGGUAGUGGGGAAUUCCAUUUUACCAUGUUAGAGGGACACUAUAUUCACCACAACACCUUAAGCAUAAUGAAGCAGUUUGGGCAUAUAGAUCAUGCCCCGGCAGUCUCACUUCCCAAUUCUCUGCCAUUUAGGAGUUAAAUCACUUUGUUUAUGCAGCCCUAACCACACCCCCCUGAACGUGACUGACACAGCCUUCCUAAACACUUCCUGUAAAGAGUCAUCUAAUGUUUACAUUUGUUUAUUGCAAAUUCUGUUUAAUUUAGAAUUUAUUUUUCUCCUGUUCUGUUAAUAGUUUGCUAGACCCUACAGCAACCUCUCGUAUGUAAUUAAAGUUCAAAUAGAAGGGGUUUUCCCUGGAGGGACAUCAAACUCUCUUUGAGAGGACAUGUACAUCAUUGGUGAAGACAUGACCUCACCCCUCCUGUUGGGCUGCUCUACCUUCAAAUGCCUGGGCCAAUUUUUUGGUAUAGUCAAAGCAACUCUCAUAUUCUAUAUGUGAUAUGUGAACUGUAUUAGAGACUUUACAAUAUUCCAUGUGUAGUCUACUCUUGCUUCCAUUCCUACAUCAUCUCAAAAUAGAAGGAGGUUGACUUAAUAACCAGGGUGUGAUAUGCACAUCUUCUUCUUGUACCUAUGGAGUGGGUCUGGAGAAUUGUGUGUAGGCCCACAAGCUACUGUCCGCAUAGUAUGACAAUUCAAAAUGCAUUAUUUACUUGUUCAUCAAAUGCUCUUAAGAACGUGAUUGCUAGAGUACUGCAAGAUAUUUUUAUGGUAGCACUCACUUCCAAGAACUUCUAAUAUUACACUUACUUUUCUCACAUGUUUAACAUAUAUGAAUUUGUGAGGUCUGAAAAAGUAAAAUUAGCUGUAAAAAUCUGCACCUCUGUACUCACCUCUAUUCUAGAAACUGAGCACCUUCAUCUUGGCUCCUGGUCAAUCAUUAUUAUAAGCUCUGUUCUUUUCGCUCAUUGGACGCAAUAUGUAGAGGUGGAGUAAUGCAAACAAUGUUUCAGUUUUCCUUUUCUGAUACAAUGUGCCCUGACUGUCUCAGGACUGCACUGCAUUGUGCUAUCACUUGCUAAUUAUUUCAUGUACAGUUAAAAUAAAAGGGCAUCAAAUGAAAAAGUAGCUUUAGGUGAUUUUCAGUGUUUUACUCUAUAAUUUAAUUUUCCACGGACGAAAAGCUUCCUCUUGAGAAAUUUUAGACCGUCUACUCUUGUAACCAGUAUUUCUCUAUAACGAUUGUGUUUCAUUGUAAAUUUUAGUGAGUUUGAACAUCCUGUAGAAAGAUUUCUUGAGCAGAGUAUUAGUGGUCUGAAGUUAAAUAGGCAGUAACUCCCUCAGCCUUCAUAAUAUAUAGCCAUGCAAAGCCUAGCUGCAUAAAAAGUAAGCAAUAACCUUGACUGUCUUAUGUAAAUACAAGGGAAUGAUUUACCAUUUGUGUUCAGUUAGAAUGGGAUUGUUAAAAGCGUGAGACAUUCCUUCUGAAUGGGAAAAAUGCUGCAUUCUAUACUACAGGGACCUUGUAAAUAAAAUUUUGUUAUGCAGUUUUUUUCUUUUCACAGUGUAAAACCAAAUCAUUAACCAGUUAAUUAUUCCUGAAUGUCUGCUGUUGACCAUUUGUUUUAGUUUCUCUUGUGUAUCCACACAGUUUUUGGAAGAAGCUGGAUGGAAAAUCAAGAAAUUUUCCAAGGGUUCUCCAAGCUCUGACUCACCAAUUGUUGAUGAUUUAGCUCACACAACACCAGCCCACUCGUCGCAAACAGAGCAUUGGGGAAGUUGUAAUUCUACAACAUCCGGGGAUCUACCUUUUGGGCACCCCUGCUUUAAAUCAUCAGAUGUUUUAGCACAGGGUUCUACAAACUUUGGCCCUCCAGAUGUUGCUAAACUACAACUCUCAUGAUUGUUUGAAUGGAAUAGAUAGCUAGAGAAUCAUGGGAGUUGUAGUUUAGCAACAUCUGGAGGGCCAGAGUUUGUAGAACCCUGUGCUAAAGCAUCUGAUGAUUUAAAGCUGGGGGGGCCCAAAAGGUAGAUCCACGGAUGUUGUAGAAUUACAACUUCCCUACUGCUCUGUUUGCGACGAGUGGGCUGGUGUUGUGCGAGCUAAAUCAUCAACAAUUGGUGGGCAGAAAGUUGUAUAUAAAAAUGUUAAAUAAAGGAUCAACAAAAUAAACUGAUGCUUGUAUUCACUUGUUGCAACAUCUUAAAAUGGAUUUUUGUUCAAUUGAUUUAUUUCUAACUUUUGAAGAUUUCUAGCAUUACUGUGCUAUGUACAUUGUUCUUUGGUGUAUGGGUCCCAGUCGAAGGCCAGUUCCUAAAUCCUGUAGAUUACAAACGCAGCAUCAUGGUGGGCCCUGCGGACCCCCGCGACCGGGUACCACCUUCCACGUUUUGCAAACCACUGGGGCCGCAUGUUAAGGGGUCCAUCGGGUGGCCCAUUCUGUCAGGGCCACCCGAUGGAGAUAGAUUAUUAGGGGGCCCGGUCUGCGCUGGGCGCUUUAACAGCGAGACCCUGAGAACCCACACGGGAGUAAACAGGAAGGAGGAGGGAGUCAGAGUAGGAACUCUGACUCCCAUCAGGCUGAGCCACCCCCGAGGGAAAGUCACACAAGGUAGGAAACAUUUUGUGUAUGUAUGUGUGUGUGUGUGUCUCUGUAUGUGUGUGUGUCUGUAUCUUUGUAUGUGUGUGUGUGUGUCUGUCUAUGUAUGUAUGUCUGUGUCUCUGUAUGUGUGUAUGUAUGUGUGUGUGUAUGUAUGUGUCUUUGCAUGUGUGUAUGUAUGUGUGUGUCUGUGUCUCUGUAUGUGUGUAUGUAUGUGUGUCUGUGUCUAUGUAUGUAUCUGUGAGUGUGUAUGUAUGUAUGUGUCUGUCGGGGGGGAGUGUGUCUGUGUGUAUGUGUUUGUAUGUGUGUGUCUGUGGGGGGGCCAUGGUCAGGGAGGAGAGGGCCCACGGAUCAGUUUCGCACCGGCGCCCCAUGGAUUGUGUGUACGCCACUGAUGGUGGGCCAGAGGGUGGUUUACAUGGAAGACUGUUCUUUGCUGUCACCCAGCACAGCUUCUGGGAUCAGACAACUGGGGACACUAUCUAUCAGUACUCUGAGACACCAUGACAGGUAUCACCACUGAAAUAGUAGCCAACACAUUUCUUCUAAAAAUGUAGGGCUCCCUAAUAAGGUCUUGUUUAACUGCAGCGUGGAGUUUGUCAGACAUUCUAUAGCAAGUCUUACACAUGGAAAAGAGAACGGAAAUCUAUAUCUGUUCAUCUAGCAGACUGUAUAACUAACAUGACUGGAAGAUUAAAAUAGGCUAUCAUGACAUACAGGUGAUACUCGAAAAAUUUGAAUAUCAUGCAAAAGUUCAUUUAUUUCAGUAAUGCAACGUAAAAGGGGAAACUAAUAUAUGAGAAAGACGCAUUACAUGCAAAGCAAGAUAGUUCAAGUCGUGAUUUGUCAUGCGAUGAUUAUGGCUUACAUAAAGGCCAUUCAAAAGUGUUGGGGACUUUCACAAGGCGUGGACUGAGGCUGGAGUCAGUGCAUCAAGAGCCACCACACACAGACGGAUCCUGGAAAUUGGAUUCAGAUGUCGUAUUCCUCUUGUCAAGCCACUCCUGAACAACAAACAACGUCAGAAGCGUCUUACCUGGGCUAAAGAAAAACAGACCUGGUCUGUUGCUCAGUGGUCCAAAGUCCUCUUUUCUGAUGAGAGCAACUUUUGCAUCUCAUUUGGAAACCAAGGACCCAGAGUCUGGAGGAAGAAUGGAGAGGCACACACUGCAAGAUGCUUGAAGUCCAGUGUGCACUUUCCACAGUCUGUGUUGAUUUGGGUAGCCAUGUCAUCUGCUGGUGUUGGUCCUCUGUGCUUCAUUAAGUCCAGGGUCAAUGCAGCCAUCUACCAGGAGAUUUUGGAGCACUUCAUGCUUCCUUCCGCAGACGAGCUUUAUGGGGAUGCAGACUUCAUUUUCCAGGAGGACUUGGCACCUGCCCACACUGCCAAAAGCACCAAAGCCUGGUUCAAUGACCGUGUGAUUACUGUGCUUGAUUGGCCAGCAAACUCGCCUGACCUGAACCCCAUAGAGAAUCUAUGGGGCAUUGCCAAGAGAAAGAUGAGACAUGAGACCGAACAAUGCAAAAGAAGUGAAGGCCGCUACUGAAGCAUCCUGGUCUUCCAUAACACCUCAGCAGUGCCACAGGCUGAUAGCUGCCAUGCCACGCCACAUUGAGGCAGUAAUUGCUGCAAAAGGGACCCAAACCAAGUACUGAGUUCAUAUGCAUGCUUAUACUUUUCAGAGGUCCGAUAUUGUUGUAUGCACACUCCUUGUUUUAUUGAUUGCAUGUAAAAUUCUAAUUUACUGAGAUUGUGGAUUUGUGGUUUUCAUGAGCUGUAAGCCAUAAGCAUUGCACUUAUGACAAAUUACAGCUUGAACUAUCUUGCUUUGCAUGUAAUACGUCUAUCUCAUAUAUUAGUUUCCCCUUUUACGUUGCAUUACUGAAAUAAAUGAACUUUUGCACGAUAUUCUAAUUUUUCGAGUAUCACCUGUAGUCUGUUUAAAUUAAAGGGACUCUAUAGGCACCCAGAUCACUUCAUCUCAAUUAUGUGGUAUUGGUGCCAUGUCCCUCUCCACCCCUCCCCCCCCCACCACCGUUUUAUCUCUGCAGCUGAAAACAUUGCCGUUCUCCAGAAACGGCAAUGCGGUCUUUGCAGGGUUAACCUGCCUCUAAUGGCUGUUAUAUUGACAGCCACAUGGAGCACUUUUGUGAAAUAGUGGAGUAAUUCAAUACUAAUUCAAUAAAAUGUUUUCAGAUAAACCAUCUGAUUGGUGCACAAGUGCAUUCUGUUGUGCAUGCGCACUAGCCUCAUUGUGCUUUCCUAUGGGAAGGUAUUGGAUUGAGCUAAAUCGUUACUCUUAAAGAUUUCAUCUAAAGAGGCAGAGCUUCCCUGAGGAGUCUAGCACUGUGAAGGAGAAAACAUAAGUAAAAACCGGUCACCUACGGUCAUUAGUGCACUAAAUCGUUAGGAAUACACAUUUGUGUUCCUAACGUUAUAGUGUUCAUUUAAAUACAUUAUAUUUUAUAUGAUGUUCUGUGCAAGGUACAGGAUAGAAAUAGAUACAUCUUUGUGAAAUUAAUAAUUAUAACACAAUAGUAUCUCUUGGAUAUCAGAGUCUAAAUCUUAAUAAAGUGAUAAUUCAAACUGAAUUUUAAAUGUAAUGCCAAAGUAUCUAACAUGAAAGCAUAGCUGAAGUUGGAGAAUUUUCCCAAAUCAGCUAUUUAAAAUAAAAUUUGAAGAUCUAGUCAAAUUUACUUUGAAUUCCUGAAAAUUUGCCGUUUUAGUGAAUAAACCUGAUUGUGUUAUGAGCCAGGUAAUCAGUAAACCUAUCUGCUUCCUGUAUAGUCUAGCCACAAUUUCCAGUGUAGUUUGGAUCGUACCUUUCAUGUUGGAGUUUAUUGAUUCAUACUGGUUCUAUGGUAAUACUUUUAUAUUCAGCCAGACAUCUCUAUAAGAUUAGUGAGUGCAGUAAAAGAUUUCUAAAAUCUGCCAACUAUAAAAUGAUACAUCCAAGGGAAAGAGACUGUAGUUUUAUUUUAUCCGUUUAGCAAGUAUUGUAUUCUUAAAACCUAUGAAUGUUUGAUAAAUCUUUAUCUUUCUCUCAUUAAAAUCACACCUGGAUAAGUGUCAGACAGUUUUAUGUGAACUUUGCAGAAUAAAUCAUCGGUUUACUGAGAAAAAAAAUGCAAUUUAAAUGGUAGGCUUAAUUUUAAGCUUGUAUGAAACCCAUGCAACCUGAUCUGUUAAUUCACCAAUAACAGUUCUCUGGCUAAUACUGUUUUCAUUAAAGAUUGGUUGAGAUAUUUAUUCGAAGUAGGUAGAGAAAUAUUACUAGGAUGACCAUAGAAGGGGUGUCUCUACUACCCUUUCUUUGAGAACUGUAACCUAUGUUCGGAGUUAAAGCACCUAGCAGCAAGUGGGUCCUCAUACAGUAGAUGGCUAUAUGUAAGUAUCUGUUUGCUAAGCAUUAUGUGCUGUGUGACCCCCUCAUCAAUGGUUUGAGAUGAGAGACCUAUUCAAAACGUUCAAUAUGUGUGUUCUUUGAGAAAAAAUUGAAUACUUGUGGUCCAUUUAUUUGUGGCAUUAAAUGAAUUGUUCAAAUUAGACGCACAUUUGCUGCUUUCUGCGAUUGGCCCUGUGUCCCUCAUUUAAUCAGCAAUGACAUAUAUUUACUAUAAAGAAAUAGUAAUAUAGAUUGCAUUGCAAUUAGUCCACUGAGAACCAUAAAUAUUACAUACCGGAAUUGGUCUGGGUCAGUGUCUGGCAGAAAUUCUAAUCUGAAUAUAUUGAAAACCAGAAGAUAAUUUCCAUGAUAAAUAGAUCAGAACUGGGUGUGGUGAUUAGUGUGAGUAUAUUUUGUCUUAAUAUGUGUAUCGAUGAAGACAUUUUAUCUGAAAGUGCCAGUAGGGCAUUGCGUAAUUGAAUAAUUCUAUUUCUGAAUGGGUGUGCCCUUGUCAUUCUGAACGCAACAUAUCUUGAAAAGAUGAGUGUUAGGACAGGUACAAUAGUUUUAUGUAAUGUAUGUUUAUUACAGAUUAUAAGGUCAUGGACUGAUAUUUUGGGAAUGUGUGCCAAAUACCCGUAAGGUGUGCUUUGGCCUCGUUUGCAUAUGUGCAUGCAUACACGUUGGCCUGGUUUUCAUCUGUCACUGAAUCCACAAUGAAUGAAGAAACAAGGUCUUGGCCAUAAGCUUUAUAAAGAUCUGUGAGGAUGAUAACAUUGCUUUAUAAUUCUCCAUGCUCAUAAAUAAACAAUUCUAGAUUUCAAGUGAAGUCCUCGUAUUCUAUUUGAUUAUGGUGGCCUCUGGUGGGAGUCCCUGGCUCAUGUCAUUUACUCCCUUCAAGGUUGUCCAGAAUGUCUACAUUUUAAAUGGGUUGCUGAGUUCACAAUGGGCUGUUUUCGUUUCUCCAAAGCAAUACAUGAAAUUAUCUGCUGUGUAAACAUUUCAGAAACACUGGUGAGAUAUCAUUAAUCAAUUCAUUUGCUUUGAGCCCGUUAGCCACCGAGUCUGCAUGUGCUUCAGCAAUCUGAAGGGCCCCACUGUUAACUGAAUUCUUCAUCCGAAUUCUUCUACAGUUAUAAAAAGUAUUAUAAUUAUUUACAAGAGUAAAGAGAGUGCAGUUCCUCAGGAAGAGUAGUUUAGGCUGACGCUUUGAAAUGUUAUCCAAUUGUAUGGAAACAGUCAUACAUUAUGAAAUUCCCCUCCAAACGUAAAAAGUAGGACUAGAAGUUGAAAAGUUCCAGAACCAAAUCCCACCAUUCCCAAUUUAAGUAUCUGAUGUUAUUCCAUGCUCAUCUCCUCAGUAUCACACACUCCAUGAUAUCAUGGACAAUCUCAUAGAAGAGUGUUCUAACCUACUAUGGCAUAGGUUAUCCUAUGCAUUUUGUAUCUCUUAUAUUUGAACUCUCUUAACAUUCAGUUUACAAUAGCUUCGUCAGUGAGAGCUUCCUUCAGUGAGAGCUUCGACAGUGUGUUUCUAAUGUAAUUUCUACAAAUGACAAUCGACCACCUCACAGUCACCUAAACCAGGCAAGAGUUGACUUAGACAGAAUAUACAAAGAUAAGAGACAUAAACAUAUUUAUCAUAGUAAAACAGCAGCCUGUUUCGGAGGAAAGUGCUACACAUUUGACUAAUUUCGAUGGUAAUUUGUAUCAUAUGUAGCACUUUACUCCAAGACUUGGUCCUGUCCUGGUGAACAUGCCCUUUAGUGAAGUAAAAUGCAUUCACUAUGGUAUAUAAUGAAAACACUCCGGAAAGGAUAGUGAAACAAACACCAGUCUGGUACUAAUACAUUGAUUAAUUCUAGGAAUCAGAGAAAAUUUGACAAAGAAAUCGGACGUUAGAGGGAAUACACAAAAGAGAUGAAUGGUUCGUGGCAUAUUACAUAUCAAAGAGCGUAGGAACAUGGUUAAACAAGUGUGGACGUUGCUUAGCUCUGGUAUUGGCUGGAAAGUGAUCAUAAACAGAAAGACAUGCAAAGCGUAUUAGUUAUUUUAGACUCAACCACACUCAGAUAUGCAGACUGGGGGUAUUAGGGCAAACAUGGAGUAGGAAAAUACAAACUGUGCCACAGAACUACUCCAGAUCAGUUUGCUAAUAUUCUUUAGCUAACAGUCUAAAUUUAAAGUGGCACCACAGUAAUUAAUCCAUGAAUUAUUCUGGCAGCUUGGUCUAGCUUUCAAAGAAAACGUUGCAGCUCUACAUAGUGUUCCGCUCUGUCAGGACAUAAGAACACAAGAACUGAAGGAGAUUCAUAUUUUCUACUCUAUGAAGACAAUGGGGAUUAGGAAUGAAUAUAAUGAUCGUGCAAGUAUACUGGUCCUGUGAUGUCAGACAUACAAUAUUUUAAGAUGCCAAAGACAAGAGGUCAUAAAAAAAUUGCUUGAUGGUACAAGAUUUGUUUGUUUUGAUUACCUUGAUAACUGGUUCAAACUGGUCUUAAAGGAACUCUCCAAGCACCACAAUCACUACAGUGCACAUACUGGAAGGGCACCACAGAACUCCUGGCACCAUAACCACUGCAGUGCGCUGUAGCUGUCUGGUGUUUAGAGUGUUUUUUUUUUAACCAAUUGAACAUUCUAAGAAUGUUUUUCUCACCCCUAACUGUAGUUGUCUCACUAAAUUCUUAGUAUAAUUAUUCUUUCUUUUCCUCACCCAUAGAUGAUGUACCAUUACACUGGGGGACAAAAAAAACUUGUUCUAGUGUGCUAAUCACCUUACACCUCAUUAGCUAAUGAAUACUGCUAACGGGUCCAGUUGUCAUUUGCUUUAUUUAACCCUCCAGCUUCCAGUUUUCAGGUGAUGGUGAUUUUCUUUUACAACCUCAAUAAUAUGAAGCAACUACUAAUGUUUAGUUUGAUAUACUAUUGCCGUUUUUAGAUAUAAUGUUUAAUCUACAUUUUUUUUCAUUAUUUCAUUGGAUUUUGUUUAUUCCAGUUAUUUUCACCUAAAAAUAAAUGUAAACAUUAUAAUAUUUUGCAGCUGUAGUUCAUGGCAGGAUCGGUGCUGUCCAGUGGUAAAUUUAAUGUUUGCUUGCUAAAAAAAAAUACGGGAUCCUGCAUUUAGGAUUUAGAAUGCAAGCGUAUGCAUUUUGGUAUUCAUACUUGCCGCUUCUAUGUCUAAGCCACCACCAAUGAGACACAGGACAAAAACGGAAUAAUGGAAUAAAAUAUUAAUUAUACAUUUACAACAAUUUGAAAUUAAAUAAAUAAAAUGUUAGUAUCUAUAUGUCUGUAAUAUUCAUAAGUCGUGUAUUUAGAAUGUCCAAAUUCUUUCUGUAAAUGCCAAGGAUUUUUAUUUAAAAUGCAUAGCAAUAGAAGCUGUUAGACCUGGCAAAUGCCACUGUAAUGCCAGUUAAUACCUCCCCUAUCUACUGCUACAACAGAGACACUGUUCAGCACUGUCAGGUCCAUCAGGUGCCCAUAGAAUGCCUUCUUUAUUAAUGAUUCUGUGCGCAACUGCCAGGGGAGAACCUCCCUAUAAAAUGACACUAUUCAGACAUCUGGACCAGACAGUGGUUUGAAGCAUGCCACACUUGCUUAGGCAAUGACACUUGUGCAUAUCUGUCUGGCUACAAAAAAAAAAAAAGGACCGUAAGUAGCAGGUGAUGCGUGUGGAUAAGGGCCAUUUGAAUACUUUUUUGAAAAGAGCUGACAAAUACUGGAUCAAAAAUGACGUGAAUCAGUCCAACAAAAACAUAUAAUUUCAAGACUGAAAGACUAAUAUACCAGACACUACUUCUUAAAUUGCUAGUUCCUGGAAUGCUAUUAACAGAUGAUUUUAUAUAGAGUUUUAGAGCAGCUGCAUUUUGCAGCCAAGCUAAACGACCCAGUUCACAGAGUAUGAGAAUAUCAGGUUAUGUCGGUGAUAGAUAAUCUUUGGAAUGCAGCUGAUUUAAAAUACGGCAGCUACUACAGGGAGUGCAGAAUUAUUAGGCAAGUUGUAUUUUUGAGGAUUAAUUUUAUUAUUGAACAACAACCAUGUUCUCAAUGAACCCAAAAAACUCAUUAAUAUCAAAGCUGAAUAUUUUUGGAAGUAGUUUUUAGUUUGUUUUUAGUUUUAGCUAUGUUAGGGGGAUAUCUGUGUGUGCAGGUGACUAUUACUGUGCAUAAUUAUUAGGCAACUUAACAAAAACAAAUAUAUACCCAUUUCAAUUAUUUAUUAUUACCAGUGAAACCAAUAUAACAUCUCAACAUUCACAAAUAUACAUUUCUGACAUUCAAAAACAAAACAAAAACAAAUCAGUGACCAAUAUAGCCACCUUUCUUUGCAAGGACACUCAAAAGCCUGCCAUCCAUGGAUUCUGUCAGUGUUUUGAUCUGUUCACCAUCAACAUUGCGUGCAGCAGCAACCACAGCCUCCCAGACACUGUUCAGAGAGGUGUACUGUUUUCCCUCCUUGUAAAUCUCACAUUUGAUGAUGGACCACAGGUUCUCAAUGGGGUUCAGAUCAGGUGAACAAGGAGGCCAUGUCAUUAGAUUUUCUUCUUUUAUACCCUUUCUUGCCAGCCACGCUGUGGAGUACUUGGACGCGUGUGAUGGAGCAUUGUCCUGCAUGAAAAUCAUGUUUUUCUUGAAGGAUGCAGACUUCUUCCUGUACCACUGCUUGAAGAAGGUGUCUUCCAGGAACUGGCAGUAGGACUGGGAGUUGAGCUUGACUCCAUCCUCAACCCGAAAAGGCCCCACAAGCUCAUCUUUGAUGAUACCAGCCCAAACCAGUACUCCACCUCCACCUUGCUGGCGUCUGAGUCGGACUGGAGCUCUCUGCCCUUUACCAAUCCAGCCACGGGCCCAUCCAUCUGGCCCAUCAAGACUCACUCUCAUUUCAUCAGUCCAUAAAACCUUAGAAAAAUCAGUCUUGAGAUAUUUCUUGGCCCAGUCUUGACGUUUCAGCUUGUGUGUCUUGUUCAGUGGUGGUCGUCUUUCAGCCUUUCUUACCUUGGCCAUGUCUCUGAGUAUUGCACACCUUGUGCUUUUGGGCACUCCAGUGAUGUUGCAGCUCUGAAAUAUGGCCAAACUGGUGGCAAGUGGCAUCGUGGCAGCUGCACGCUUGACUUUUCUCAGUUCAUGGGCAGUUAUUUUGCGCCUUGGUUUUUCCACACGCUUCUUGCGACCCUGUUGACUAUUUUGAAUGAAACGCUUGAUUGUUCGAUGAUCACGCUUCAGAAGCUUUGCAAUUUUAAGAGUGCUGCAUCCCUCUGCAAGAUAUCUCACUAUUUUUGACUUUUCUGAGCCUGUCAAGUCCUUCUUUUGACCCAUUUUGCCAAAGGAAAGGAAGUUGCCUAAUAAUUAUGCACACCUGAUAUAGGGUGUUGAUGUCAUUAGACCACACCCCUUCUCAUUACAGAGAUGCACAUCACCUAAUAUGCUUAAUUGGUAGUAGGCUUUCGAGCCUAUACAGCUUGGAGUAAGACAACAUGCAUAAAGAGGAUGAUGUGGUCAAAAUACUCAUUUGCCUAAUAAUUCUGCACUCCCUGUAUAAAACUCAUCUUGUUAGCCAUCAUUGGAGCUAUAGUGCAAAAGAAUUGGAAUAACCAAAUGGUCAGCUAUCAGUAGCCUAUGUCCCAAUAACCAAAUGGUCAGCUAUCAGUAGCCUAUGUGUUUUAUUCUGCACAAACAACAUUGGUUGAAAAAAGUUAUUACAUCAAUAUCCUCUAGUUAAAGUUUUGGUGAGCCAAAUUACUUUAUGAGAAAUGGGUAACACUGUAGCUUUGGAUCUGGCUCUGACUUUAAAAAAAAUAGACCUGAUAUUGACUUUUUAUUAAUUACUACAAUGGUCAUUGUCACACCAUUUAACAGUCAUUUCCAUUCAUUGUGGAAUUAAGUUUGAAUAUCGUCAUCCGAUACUCUGCCUUGAAAAUCAUGUUUCUGUACAUUGUAUUUCAUAUGUAUAACAGAUUUAAGUUUUAUUUUAAAUGUUCAGAAAAAUUAUGGGUAAAUAACUACUUAAAGGGUCUUGCAAAACUUGACAAUACUGUAUUUUUUUUUUUAAACUACCAAGUUUAUGAACUUGGUCAGAUUACAUAAUUGGAUAUGAACCUCAGCUCGGGGGGAGAGGUAGGCUCUUCAGCCUCCCCACCCUCCCUUUUAACCACCUAUCUCAGUUUCAGACUAGUCCACACAUGACAGAACCAGGACAUCAUUGUAAAGCAGAAAGAGAAAGACAUUGGAGAUUGCUCUGCAUGAUUUACACUGAUCAGACUCCCUCUCUUCUCCCCAUGUCAGGAUGACAAAAAGUAAAGAGAUCUUCCAGCCACACAUGUGUAAAUCUGUGAGGCAUGACAAAUGCACCUUUCCAGCAUUCUUAGGGAUAGGACACUGAUUGGUUAGAUUACCCCCUUCCCCUUUCCCCCCCUGGAAUGGGUGUGGAAAGCAUAAGAAAAGAAGAAGCAAGUACAGGUAAUUACAAUUUUUGUUAUCAAAUUUUUUUUUUUAGUCUGGAGAGUGAGGCAACUGUCUCAUUGAAAGAGAAAGGUUUUGAAUGUGGCAGGUGCCUCAACGUGAUGUAUGGGCCUUUCACAGAAAAAUAUAUAUAAAUACACGUUGACAUAUGAGCUAUCGUGUAUUUUAAAUCACAAACAUUCAAUAAUUCAUUCUUAUUUUUCGACAUUUUAAAUAUGGAAAUCAAGAGCUACUGGAUAGACGUUACGUUUAUUCUAACACAGAGAAUAAUUGAUGUUCCUUAAUGGAUCCAUGAAUGCCUUUUAUGUAUGUUAAUAAGACUUGUGACCACAUCUGACUAAAAUGGAUUCAUGCAGAGAAGGUAAAUGAAACAAGUCUCCUAAUAUAUGAAAUGUACAAUGUUUUAACAUGGCCUGGUGAAAAAAAAAGCAUGAAUGAGGUGACUCUGCAAACUUGUAGUAUGUUGUGUAUUUUCAUUCUUUUUUUUUUAAAUUAAAGGGACACUAUAGUGACCAGAACAACUACAGAUUAUUGUAUUUGUUCUGGUGAGUAGAAUCAUUCCCUUCAGGCCUUUUGCUAUAAACACUGUCUUUUCAGAGAAAAUGCAGCGUUUACUUUACAGCCUAGUGAUAACUCCACAUAUGGCUACUAGAGGUGCUUCCUGGGGCAGUGCUGCAUUGAUUCAUGGCAUCAAUAUGAAGAUAUGCUCUUUGGCCAGGCCUGUGCUUGGCUUGUGCUGGAUCUGCCCCUGAUCUACCUCCUUGACAGUCUCAGCCAAUCCAAUGGGAAAGCAUUGAGAUUGACUGAGAGAAUCACUUCUGCUGAUGUCGGCCAAGAAGGCAGAUCAUGGGCAGAGCCAGCAGCUGCAGACUUAAACAAAAGUAUGAUUUUACCAUAUUUAGCGGGUAGGGGGGAUCAGUGGGGCUAGAUGGUGGUUUUAUCACUAUAGGGUCAGGAUUUCAUGUUUGUGUUUCUGACCCUAUAGUAUUCACUUAAAAAUACUCAUGACUUAAAAUCCAUGCUAUGUAUGAGUGUAACGGAUUGACGGGCACCCCGACUGGGUACCUCCAUUGAAAGAUGCUCCUAGCACUUCCUGAGGGCUCCAAGCACUCCAGCCGACACCAUAACCACCGUAGACUCCUUGCGAGAGCAAGACAGGAACAAGCUCUUACAAGAGCUUAGUGAUUAUAGCAAGGGAGCAUGACAAGCAUAGCAAUCCCUUGUAGCAGAUUCCCCCAAUAAGAGACGGCACUCCAAAUUGAGGGUGAAGUAGAACUGAAGCUUUUAAUCAAACACUCUGCUUUUAUGCACAUUUUACACACAUAGUACUGCCCACAGGGUUUUGCAGAACAACCAAUCAAUACGUACAAUACACUCAAACACACAAAAUCCUCCCCUCUGCCUGUGAUAGAAUUACUGAACACAAUGGUCUAACUUAAUUAUCACAGGCAGGAAAAUACACAGUUUUACACAAUAUUCAAAACUCUGAAAGUAUACAUCACAUUCACAUAACUUACAUUUUCAGAAUUAGCAUACUCCAAAUACAAACAUAUGUCAAAUUCAUACAAAUUGGUUAAGUGGGUCAAAAGUUAGUUAAAAGUCCCUUUGUGACCAUCUGCAAGCAUGGCUUGGAUGUGGUAAUCCAAUUAUCUCCAGCAUACAGAAAAUAGCUCUAUUCACAACAACAGUAAAAACACAUAAAAAUACAUAAUACCUAUCAUACUGAACAGAACCCCACAUUCAACCUAUCCCCAGAUAGCUUGGAUCUGAGCGCUCACUAUAUCCCAACAGCGCUCAGAUCCCACAAACACAGUCAAAUCGCCAUGGGGUUAAAGGUUAGCAACAAGUUCCAACUGGUCUUGCAGUGUCCCUGGGACAACGCCCUGCUGAAGAACAAUAGACAGGAAACGGGGAAAGGGCACACCUUUCUCAUGUAUUCAAAGGGGCAGAAAAAGUGUUUCAAAAUCCAAUAAGCCCAAAUAAUGUCUUUAAAGGGCAAUACAUCCCAGGGGCCAUAGUCACAUGGCAGGAGGCUGGCAAUCAGUCUUCUCCAAUGCCCAGUGGCGAGGUCGGUUUCGCCACAAUGAGUUUAUGGGGUAUGCAUUGUACUAACAUCUUGCGCCCUGCUUAAGAUGCAGAUUUCCAGAAAAUCAAUUUUAAAAUAAAGCAAUAUUGGGGAUUUUUUACUUUUAAUGCCUGGAAAAGACUGUGUCAGAAAAACACAUGCAUGCACACAUUGAUGUUAACAAAUCUCUCAAGCCUUCCUGAAUCCAUGAAUCCCAGAUUUGUUUUAAAACGUAUAGCUGGAAUCUUUCCAGUCUCCUUUCACAGGGACAUGAAGAGCACGUUGGACACUAAAGGGACAAGCUCAGUCUCUAAAGCUAGCAUAUUCACUAAGAAGUGUGGGGUGUGGUUGAAUAAAAAAUGGCAGGAGUAUCCUUAAGAUGAGCGUGUAAGAACCAAAUUGGAUUGGUGCUUAGUAAGUAGUGGGUGAAGCUACACACUAUUCGUCAUCCAGAUAAAACCUAUGUUGACUGAAGACUGGGCAGUGAUUUGUAAUGUAGUUUCUCCUGUUCAAAACCGUAUCCCUGCCAGGAAUGGUUAAAACUGGUAUAAAAAACAACAAACAAAAUGGAGGAUAAGUAGUUGUAAAAUCAAAAUGUCCAUGAAAUAUUAUGCUCUGUGGCAAGUAGGUUGAAAUUUAGGCUAAAAAUACAUUUUAAGCUGUAAUUUUAAUAACAAAUACAACCUACAAUUUUUGAGAGUUCCACUUUACAGUGUUUGUAUAAUUCUAAAUAAUGUACGUAUAAUAAUAGUUCCAGUCCCAUAUAAUUUAUGAAAAACGCAGAACAUACAUAAAUACUCUGCGCCGUAUUAUUCUAUUCUCACGGCAUCAUGCAUUGUAAACUGUAAACUGUCAUAAACUGACAGGGUUAUUAACUAAAGUGAGAUCUCAAAGUGUAUUUCAAAUUUAAGAAAACGAGUUGAACUAGAGAAAUUCUUUGUCAGCUAUGCUUCCAUUCCAGGUUCUAUGGCUUUAAUGAAUUUUGUUUUGAAUUCACUUCUAAUUAUCACUUUAUUGAAUAGGUCUGUUAAAGUUGAAAACGAGCAAUGUGUUAGGUUAUUUGUGUAAGUGGCUAUGGUAACGGUUUUUAUUCAUAGCGUUGGCCAGCCAAUACAAUUGAGUUGUUGUUGUUGUUGUUCACAUUCUGAUUUAUUGAUAACAAUCUUGAUAAUUGGUUUGCCUUCUUCAUAAAGGUUACCCAACAUGACCAAUUGAUUGUAAUUAUAUGGAGAACACAACUGACCAUUUCACCUUAGAUCUUGACCCUUGAAAGAUGAGUUUUUUUUACACUUGAAAUAUAAAGGAUUUUCUGACAAACAGAUCAUUAUGACCUACUGAGAUUCGGGAAAAAAAAAUCAAUCGCUUACAUCAAAGGAAGGCCACUAUCUAUAUCUUUUGAGUGAUCAAGAAUUGAUCUUUGAUGGGUUCCUCUUUCCAUUUAAGAGUACAUCUCAUUAAAACUAGAGUUGUAUCUCAAAAGAAAUCUAGUUUGUGCUAGAAAAAAUAUAUAUACCUGUAUAUAAGAUAUUCAGCUGGGGUUUCUAAUAGAUUUCUAAAAAUUGACUUAUUAAACAGGCAAAUAAUCUUAUUUUCGAUGGUCUCUAUUGAAGUGAAAUAUAGUAGCUCUGCCUAUAGCUUGUACUAAAAAAUGUGGAUUAAUAAAAUUAUAUUCCUGUAUAGGAGAUAUUCAGUAAAAUAUACAAUGUGUUUGGGAGAUAUGUACAGUUAUGUAGUUUUUCUUUUUUUUUUCUUACAACAAAACAACAAAUUCAUCCGUUUUUCAGGUUUAUGUGGCCAUAUCAUAUUCCAGUGUUUGGAAAUUAAUACUAAACUUAGUAUAUAACUUGGAAGCAAAUUUACUCAACAUCCAGUUUUAGAACGCUCUCUCUUCUUAAGGUCAAUGAGGGUCAAUAGGGGUUGAAUUUAGAAUAUGGAAUGUCCAGCUCUUCAGCUGCUGGGACUAGAGCAUCAGUGAUGCAAACCUCAUUAGUCUUAUUCGUCUAGGGAUUGUAUCGGAGCUAGGUCACCUCUAUCAUUCUAACCUUUUUUUUUUUUUUAAUACUUUAUUUUUGCAGUGCGUUAAGAGACGUACAUGCCAUUGUCGGUAGAUUGCAAGGUAACAAAGCGGUAUUAGCAACAUAUAAGUAAGUCAAUCUGUUUAGAUAUUUGCAUUUAUAGGACAAUAGUUGCAGCACAUAGUAUUAGAGCAGUAAUUCAAAAUAGACAUUGCACUUAUUUUUAUAUUUUAGACGAGCAAUUAAACUGUGAAGUUGUAAUGUCGCGUCUAGUGUUAUAGAAAGACUGGUUGUGACAUACGUGUUGGGUGAGUAUCGUCUUGUAUUGUAAAUAGCACCCUACAUUCCUGUGUAACGUGACUGACGUCGCUUGGGCCGCUUUGGUGGGGGUCUGUGGCAACUGGUAUCUCAGAGAUUUGCAAGUUAUCCCGGUCCUAGUUAGGAUACUUCCUGUGUGGGGCCAAAGAGGAAGCCCUUACCUUCUGUCUACCAGGGCAGAGUAUAUGUAGUUUGGGAAACGUGCUGUCUAACUAACCAUUUCUAACCCCUAACCAAGAGGGGGGGUUAAGAUGCUUGGGCCAGAGAUGCACGUGAGGGAGGUGGUGCCCCUUAAGUGGGCCUCUAGUGUCUCAUUCUAACCUUUUUGACUGUGACUCACAAUUAAUAAAAAUACAUUAGGGAUAGGCAACCCAUGGCACUGAGAUGCUGUUAUAUAUAGUUUUUGUUGACUAAGAAUAAUUUUGAAUCAUUGUCUACAGCUGUUAAAGGUCCAGCUAUGACCUCUAUCUUUUUUGGAAUAUUGUCGUUGUCAUCAUCAAAGUAUCAAACAAUUAAUGCUCUAGGAGUGUAGGUUACAAUGUAUUGUGUUUUUAUAUUUUUAUAUAGUUUACAAAAGUAAUUUCUACCCUAUAACUUUGGGCUUUUGCACUCUGGAGAAAAAUUAUGUAGGGGAUAAAAUAUGAAGUAUGUUACUUCUUGUAACUGUGUGUGGCGUCUUGAAUAAGUCUGUAAUUUGGUUACACAAACCAUAAAACAUCAAUAUUUACAACUCUUCACGGCCCAAGUGUUGUACUAAAUUAGAAAUUAUAGUAGCAUACAAUGUGGGAUAUGAACAAACCCCUCUCAAAGGUAUAAAAAAUUUAAAAUUAGCAGUGUGCUUUAUUUAUAUUAAAAAGUUAAUAAAAAAUUGUGUAUAGGAGGCUGGGUAGCAUUGGUUUUUGUGGCUUUUUUGGUUGGUGUUGUUUUGUUUUAGCAGUAUUAGUGUACAGUUCAGGAUUUAUUUUUGUAUCAUAACAAGCAAAUGUGUGUAUUUCUGGGAUUGGGUUAAGGCAUAUAAAUGACCAGAAUUGAGUUCUAAGCCAAAGAACUUUCUCAGACCUCUUUAUAAUGCUUCAGUGAGGCAGAACUUGGCAAGAAUCACAGUUUUUGUUUAAGGUUUCAAAGCAUCAAUUACAUAUUCAGUGAGGAAUGUUUCCCGUAUAAAAGCUUACAACACGUGAAUACAUAUAUGAAACACUCUAUAGAAAUAGAUGUUUCUUCAAUUUUUUGCAUAGGGUAUAUAUCAAAACUGAAGAACACAAAAUGAUACAGAUAUAUACUUUCCACUAAAAAAUAAGCAUAAAUCUAAUUACACAUUUUGUUGCUCCUACAGUGAGCACCAAUUCACUCCUUAAACACGCAAAUAAUCUUUGCUGACAGCAUUAUAUUAGUCCCGUCACAGGUUAGCACUACAUGUCUGCCCAAAACCGUUUUGUCUGCAUUAGGGACAUUUGGGGGAAGGUACAUGUUUAAAACAUAAUAAAAUACAACAGUGUUCCAGCCAACAACUGUAAACUUCAGUCUAAUUUUAUUGUAUUUUUCUCAUUUUAGCUUCAUAUGUAACUGUGUAAUUUUUUUUUCUGAACUUCCCACAUAUUUGCCUUGUGAAUGAAUAAUAGAAUAUCAGAAACAGGGAUGUCGACUCUUGAUGCGUCUUUGGUAAUUGAAAAAUAUGUUCUUUUAUAGUCUGUGUUAUCACCUAAUGAACUUUAUAUUUCUUUGUUUCCAGGUAUAAAAGUUUGGUGACGGGAAAGAGGGCAAGAGCUGUCAUCACAAUCUUCUGGAUCCUGUCAUUCGGGAUUGGCUUGACACCACUUAUGGGCUGGAACCGGUUGGAAGACACAUGUCCAGCUGCUAAUAGCAACAAUUGCACUGUUCCGUGCUUAUUUGAAUCAGUGGUCACUAUGAGUUACAUGGUCUACUUCAAUUUUUUUGGAUGCGUUUUGCUUCCUCUCCUGAUCAUGCUGGGUAUAUAUGUAAAAAUCUUCAUGGUUGCCCGCAUGCAGCUAAGACAAAUCGAACUUAAGUGUGUCAAUUCAGAGAACUCUAGGACAACGCUCCAAAAAGAAGUGAAUGCGGCCAAGUCUCUUUCCAUUAUUGUCGGUCUCUUUGCAUUUUGUUGGCUGCCCAUUCACAUUCUAAACUGCAUAACACUGUUUGAGCCCAACUUUAACAAGACAAAGCCUGAGUGGGUGAUGUAUAUGGCUAUUAUUUUGUCUCACGCCAACUCAGUAGUGAACCCCAUUAUAUAUGCCUAUAAAAUAAGGGAUUUCCGUUACACUUUCCGCAAGAUCAUAUCAAAGUACUUGGUCUGCAAAAAGGAGAACUUUUCCAAAUGUCCUAACGGCAGCAUCAGCCAAAACAGACACUUGCAUAUUAGCAGCGUAAGUGCUGGUAACACGUUUAUGUGAUGAUGUACAUAUGACAUACAGAUGCCUUCAUGUAUCCCACUGGGUGUGACUGGCUGUGAAGAUUCUAUGUCACUGAGUGCCGUGGACACACUGUAGAUUCUUGCUGGGGACAAUUGAGGAUUUGAUGAUUGACCACUUUGCUGCUGCACUUUCUCUUUUUGAGACAUUGCCUCACUAUUAGUUUUGCUGUAAGAUUUUACUGACAACUCUUGCGACCUUGGGUUUGUUGACUGCAGUGAUGGUCAAGUUUUCUUUAUGUGGUCAAACUAAUUUGUAUAUGUCUAACAGAGCCUCUUUGUAACUUCCCCCCAAAGGCUGUACAGAGCUGGAUUAACCAUUAGGGCAAACUAGGGGCAGUGGAUUGUGGUGCGCUCAUAAUUUGGCUCAGCAAGCAUUAUGAAUGGAGCAGAUGUGGAAAGCCCAGGGCAAUGAAGCCCACUUGAGGACCUUAUGGUUUUUUAAUACACUCAUUUUUCAAGAUUGUCAAAAAAGAUCAAAUAACUGAGUAAAAUUUCACAUUCCUUGUUUUUAAAAUCCUUAUUCUAUUUGGGGUUAUAAAGCACACUCUUGGGUUUUAAAACACAAAUAGAACAAUCUGAUCAAAUGUCGGAGAUGCUUAUAUAUUGGAUUAUAAUUACAUGUUUAAUGUUAAUGUUAAGAUCAUAUCUUAGAUUUCUUCCAUUGUAGAUUACAAAGAGCAGUGAAAGCAUUUCAGGCUAGUGUGGCAUUUGCUGUUAGUCUACUUACUAUAGAUCACAACUCGAUUCAUGUGAAGCCAACGUUUUAGUUGGCUACCUGAUCAUGGUAGCCUAGUUUGUAUUCACAGCAGCCAAAAUGUAUAUUGUGGAUUCUGAAAGAAGAAUGGAAGUGAAAUAUAAUUUCAAUAGAGUGUAGCUGUGAAACAAUGUAGACUUGCAUUGUAACUCUAUGAAAGCUUUGCACAGGAGAUUAGUAGAACUUGGCUCUACCGAGAUGUUUAUGUAGGAAUGUUACAUGAUGACUUUCACUUCAAGCCUGAAACAUAAAACUUUUCUACUUUAGCUAGAGGAGUAAUUCCCUCCCUUCAACCCUGAUAGUGCUAUAUGCUGCUAUUUGGCUUUCUAAUGCUUAGAAAAGCAGAGAAAGUGGACGAAAAAUGGCACACGGUUUAAAAGAAAGAAAAAUAUGUAUAAUAUCUGUAUACAGUUUUAACGGGAAACUCUAGGCACCAUAAACAUAUCAUCCUUAAAAGUGAAGUGGUUAUAGUGGCAGGGUACUGACCCUGCAAUCUUUAGUUUCAGCUAUUUCUUAUACUAACAAAACAGUGCUUUAAAGUGGCCCUUGUAACUCUAUCUACAACGCCCUUCAAUCAGAGUCAUGAAUUACCUAUCCAAGCUCUUGCACGCACAUGGUGCUGAUAUGAGAGUGACUAGCAGGCACGGCUCCCCAGGUGUGAGAACUUGAAAAUCCAAAAGCGAUUAGUGCCAGAUUGCCAAUCAACACAGAGACAGGUCAACCCUCUGGACUUGCAAGUGCCCAUUGGAGUAGAAUCUUCAAUUUCCUAAAACUAACCUACCAACUCAAUGAGUUAAUAUGAGUGCCAGAGAGUGUAAAUCCUGGCUCUCUGGAUAGUGUGGUCCCUUGCGUGAGCAAAUAGCUCAACUUUAAAGCCAUCUUUGCUAUUUUGCUAAAAAGCUGAAACAAUAGAUGACAAGAACAGUAUACUGGCAUCAUAACCACUUCAGUAACCUGAAACGGUUAUGAUGUCACGAGUUUCCCUUUAGAGAUGCAGAUUGGAUAAACAUAUUACAAUAAGCAAAAAAAUGGUAAAAGUUCGAUUUACACCAAAUAUGCAGUUACACACUAAUUCAAACAUGGCGCCAUGUCCAUAAAUGCAUAUUUGAUCUGUUUAUCCGUUAUAUGAAUAAGUGUGUCUUUAAAAGCGAGGAGGUUAAGGCAGACAGUCACAACUUUGUUCUCCUUGAUUAUACUGAAAUAGACUUUUCAGAGCAAUUAAAUCUCUUUUAAAGGAUGUACAAAAAUAUUUGUAAAAAGCACGUAAAGUGCCUAACCUUAAGACAUAUUAUAAUGUCACACCCUGCUUGUUACCAUAUUUUUUUCAGUAUAAUAUAGAUUGUAUCCACUUUCUUGAUGCUGAUGGUAGGUUUGACUUAAUGGUUAAGGUCCAAAGACCUUCACAAAAUAGAAUGUUCCACAGACUGCACAGUACUGCUGAAUAAGCAUAAGAUUUUAUUUUCAUUUGAGGACAACCUUAGAACAUCAACAAAAAAUGAAGUUGGUCCAUAAGGGGUUAAAGUAGAUACCCAGCUGUAGCACUACAACUUAAAGCUGUCAAAGUAUCAUGAGAGUUAUAAUUCAACAGGUGGUGACCUACUUUUAGACUACAUCUGCUGCAAGGUCCAGGAUUCUUUCUUCUAUAAAUUACACACUAUGCAUAUCAACAGCUGAAAGAAUAUUUGGCAUUCUGUAACCAAAAAACAAUUAUUCUAUUUUUCAGAAAAAUUACAGCUAAUAUGCAGUUCAUCUAUUUUAAAGAGCAUUUUGAAUGGUUGAAACAUUUGCUGUCCAUAAGCUGCACCUCUAAUAAAUGUCGCAUCUCACAGAUUCUUUCGGCACGGGGGGAUUGAUUUUAAAUGGUGCUCUGAAAUUUAAAUUUUCCCUACAAAAUUCAGAUAUGUCUGCCUUAUUUAUAUAUUAAUAUAGAUUGAGUAAACCCACAGUGACCUGUGAUGUUUCCAUUUUUCAUCAGGCUUGAGCAUAUAGUGAGCUGGAGCCUCCUUUAAGACACAAAAGGAAGUGGACAGUGCAACGGAAUAUUGCAUCCCCCGUCUGCAGAACAAGAGUUCAUGUCAUUUCAAAUAUAAGUUUGAAGAAGGUGUGGAAGGUGCCACGUAUAUGUGAAUUUUAUUUUAAAAAAAUGCUCUUUGCUAUUGGUGAAUCUUGUAUUUUGGCUAUCCACCAAUUUUGUACACAUUUUAUUUUUUUCUCCCUCUAAAAAAUGUACAUCUUAAUGUCUACAUCUAAAGGUGUUUUUUAUUUUUUUAUUUUUAUAUUUGUCACAUGUCUUUCAAAAUAUGUACAACCAAAUACAACUUUUGAGAACCUGAGAAUGUCAACUGUAGCCCAUAGACUAUGUAGUGCCAGAUAUAGAUAAACAUGUACUUUCAGCUAAAAUGUGAUAAGAUGUGAGACAUCUUAUACACAAAAAUCCUUCCAGUAGUUAUGUUAAAUGUACUGUUUUUUUCUUUCUUUUUCCUCCCACCCUCCCCCCUUUAUAUGUGAGGAGUAGUAUGAACACAUUUUUGUGUUAAAAUAUAGUUUUGGAAUUUUUUUUCCUACAGUUUGCGUAAAAAAAAAAAGUAUAUUUUUACAAUUGUAAAAUGUGUAGAUAAAAUACAAAAAGUAUUUUAAACAUUUAUCAGAAAAUUAAUGUUAGUGCUCAGCAGUGGCAGUUAUGAAAUGUAGUCAAGUUGGUAUUGUUUUUCAUUUGUUUACAUGCCCAUUUAUACACUACAUCAAAAAAAUCAGUUUUGUAAUAGUAGAAAGGUCAGCACAGAAGGUUCUUUUAAACAUGUUGAAAAGUCAGGUAUAGUGAUCUCCCGAACUGUUCGUCGAGCGGUUCGUGAACGGUUCGCCACGGACUCAUCAUUGAGUAAACUUUGACCUUGUACCUCACAGUCAGCAGACACAUUCCAGCCAAUCAGCAGCAGACCCUCCCUCCCAGACCCUCCCCCCUCCUGGACAGCAUCCAUUGUGAAGCUGCAUUCUUAGUGAGCUGUCCAGGAGGUGGGAGGGUCUGGGAGGGAGGGUCUGCUGCUGAUUGGCUGGAAUGUGUCUGCUGACUGUGAGGUACAGGGUCAAAGUUUACUCAAUGAUGAGUCCGCGGCGAACCGUUCGGCGAACAGUUCGGGACAUCACUAGUCAGGUAUCCAAUGAUGGACACUCUCUGCCACCUAUGCUACAUCAGUCUUAUCCUCUGCUGGUCACAUGCUUUGUUGCGUAUGUUAAAAUUAAAGGAAUACUGUCAUCUCAAAAUUAUUUUUUGACAUAAUAAUCUUUUCAUCAAAUUUUGAAAUUACAGAUUUUUAAAAAAGAAUUAUGUAUAUGUAAAAAAAAUUAAAUAGAAAAACAAAUAUUUACUUUUAGUAUACGGCAGGAUCUUUGAGCCAUAUACGUGCACCUUGGGUCAAACAGUGGUUGAAAACAGACAGUCUCUAUGGUCUUCUCUCCUUCAUUCUGCACAGAAACCGGGAACACCAGAGAGAGUGUUGGUUUUCAAACAUGAUUUGACCCAAGUUGCAUGUGUAUGGCUAAAAGAUCCUGCUAUUUACUACAUGUGGGAAUUAAUUUAGCAUUACUUAAUUUUAAUAAAAUCAAUUUCCUUAAAAAAAAUGUGAACGGGCUAUAAUAUAAAUAAAUAGUUUUGAGGUGAAAGUUGCCCUUUAACUUAUAUUUUUGGUCCAUUUUUGCAUCCUUUUUGGUUUAACCGAAUGUUUUCCCAAAUAUUUUUCCAUGGAUGAUAUUUGGCUGAACCAAACCAUUACAUAAACGAACGUUAGACAUCCCAAUCAAAAUGUUGGACAAAAUAAUUUGGAUGAACUGAAGUUUCUUGUUGUGCACAGGUCUAUACCGGGGAUAGAUAGUGCCAUACAAGAUCAGGGUCUGAUUGUAACAGUACCUAAUAGUGUUCUGCAACUGUGCAUUAGCUGUAGAGCUAUGGGUUAUUGCAAGGAACGUGGUUGGAGUUGUAAACCACAGAGUCUGAAAUGCCAAGUAUGCUCUAUUCCUGAACUUACAUAAUUUAGAAUCUUCAUUUACAUUCUUCACAUGGACUUGGCUUCUCAACCUCUCUGGGAAAUUUACUGGCAUUGUCUUGCUUUGCUAUUUGGUAUGGUUCAGAGAGCAGCUCAAGAUCUUUAUAUUACUAAAAGCUGAUCUCAGAUUGAAAUCAAAAGGAAUUAUCAAUGGCUCGAUCCAGUUUUGGAAGGAAAACAAAAAAAGCACAAAUGAAUAAACACUCCAAACCAUUUUAUAUAUGUAUAUAUACACAUACAUACAUACAUAUUUAUAUAUUUGUACUAUUUCUGUGGUUUUUCUUUCAGGUGACAAUGUAAAUAAAGUAGAACCACAAAAUAUAUCACUUGGUGCAAAUCCUUUACAUGACUGAACCCACUGCGUAGGUCUGCAAACAUUUUAAUUGUACUACAGACAAUCCGAGGCAUAACUGCUAUAGUAAAGGGCUACACAUUACUGUGAUCAUCAUAUGUUUUUAAACAGUUUAUCAGUACAACAUGUGUUAUAUGAAGUAUAGCUAUAGAUGCACUAUAGCCUGGAUGUUCAAACUUGGCUCCAGCCUUUGUUGGAUGACAACUCCCAUAAUCCCCUGCUGGCAUGGGCUAGCCUGAGAAGAAUGAAGGAGCUUUAGUCCAUUAAGAGCUGGAGGUCCAUACUUCCAGGUAUUAUAUGAUUUCCAUAUGAAGUUAAACUAUAUUCAUGACAAAUGUUAGUCUAUAUACUGUAAAUGUGAGGUAGAAAUCAGGUUUCUUUAUUAUAUGCAAAGCUGUGUAUUAACUCUGAGGCACGUACCAAUCAAGCUCAGUCAGAUUCAUUUUUUAUUCGACUACUUGAAGAUCCUGUAACAUUUUGCAGUAUAUGGUCACAUUUAAGAGAAGAAAAGAAACAUUUUUUUUUUUUAAAUUGCUUUUCAUUAACAUCAAAUUAAUCCUGUCUUAGAAUCCAAAAAUUUCUAAUAGCUUAUUUAUUGAAUAGUAGAUUUAAGUGGGUGUAUUAAAUGUGACGCAAAUGCUUUGCAAAGUACAGGGUAGGAUUUAUUCUACUGAACUGGCUAUCCACAAUGACCAAAUGCGUUUUUGCAAAAGUGAGAAUAAAAAAAUAAAUCUGAGCAUAAUAUAAACAUAUAUAUAUAUAUAUAUAUAUAUAUAUAUAUAUAUAUAUAUAUAUUUAUAUAAAAUGAACAGUGCCCAAUUUUGGCUUUUGAAAUACUAAUGUAGUGAGAACAUUAUGUUAGAACACCAAAACAAUAUUUGAGGUGUACUUGGUCUGUUUCCAUGAACGUUAUUUCAAAACGUCUUUUUGUGUUAAUGUUUUUCGUAAAGUAACUUUAUUUGAAUACUGUGAUAAUAUAUUUUUUUUAAUACUGUACCGUUUUGCACUUUAUUAGUAAAAAAAAA